GGAUGUUGAUUCGGAAACGCUGUCGGUUAAGUUAUGGUUUCCUCCAAACUAGCUUCAUGGCUACAUAGCUCGGAUAAAACUGUGUAAAACUUUGCUUUUGAGAGCGGCUGAAUCGACCCGGACUAAUCGAGCUGUAGUUUUCUUUGAGUCGACGGUUAGCGGUUAACGGUCACUGUUUUUAAACCUCCACUUCACUGAACACGAGCGCGCGGACUGACCAGGAUGCUAGCAUGUGUCGUUAGCAAACCACUCCAGGAAAUCAGCUUGUUAGCAUAGAGAAGUCAGCUAUGAGUUUAAUGUUUUCGUCUCUUUGUUCGCACUCGGUGUAAAUAAACUCUCCGCGAUGGACACCGAGGCAAUAGUUAUCCGAAUAAAAACGCCUGCGGGUGACAUGGACUCGUCUGUCGACUGUCCAUCUCUGUUAAACUUCAAUGAUUUGUUGGUGAGUCCUUAAAAAGACAAGAGAGCGAGUUAGUCCUCUGUCAGUCUUCAUACAUGUUACAGGCGUUUCGUAAAAGUAACUAAAUAAGAAUAAAAUAUCAGCCCACGUGUCUAACUCUGUUCUUUAUUACUGACCCUGUUAUAAUUUUCUCUGUCAAACCUUGUAGGUGGCCAUCAGAGAUGUCAUGCCUGAAGCCACUGUUACAGCCUUUGAAUGUAAGUGUUUGUUUGUUUUGCUCUGAUAAAACGGCUGAACUCAUAGACCAAAGAGUCUGAAACAAAAUUUAAGACUAGACUAAUGCAUGUACAUGAUGCACUGUUAAAUGUGAAUGAUAUAUAGGGGAGAGUGGGGUAAGUUGAGCCACCCCCUGUUGCUUGGAAAUGGUAAAAGAAAUUGAUCAUGUGACCAAAUAUUUAGGAGAUGGGCAUCAAUUCAUGUAGUCUGUGAAGGUUAGAAGCACAUGAGUGAAGGGGUUAGAUAUUUACUUCCACAAAAACCUUUUUCACUCUUGAAAGUGAAUUUAGUCUGUCAUAAGUUUUAUUAAAGUUGUGUUCAGACCAAAAAAGAUCAUUUUAAAUUUGUUUUAUACAUCAAUUGUGGUAUCUAUGAAUGUGAAGAAGUGACUGUUAUUUUGGGAGAGAGAAGGUGAGGGAGGGCUGGGGUGGAGAGUGGGGGUAGUAGGGAUGCGGCUCAAUGUACCCCGCUUCUAUGGUCAACUUACCCCAUACCCCAUCUUACCCCUCUCUCUCUACUACCAUAUGUACCUCUCAUAGCCUUUCAAAGAUUUGCAUGUCUUCUAAACAUUCAUAGAAAGCAUACUAGCAACGCUCUUCCCCAAUAGACCUGGCUACUGGUUGCAAUUGAAACUGUAAGUUUUGCACUGGCAUUCUAGUGAAAACUCCAACAGUUUCAGUCUAGUUUAUUUUCUUUCUUAAGUAACUGUUCUUAGUUGGUUUUAUUAUUUUGCCACACUAAUCUUAAUAUGUUGAUUUGUGUUUUGUUUUUUUUGUAGAUGAAGAUGAAGUGGGAGACAGAAUCACAGUGAGAAGUGAUGAAGAGCUGAAAGCCAUGUUGUCAUAUGUGAGUAUAAUGUUUUUUAGUAUCAUAACAUGCUGCCGAUUCCCUGUAAGGACGGUGGUCUGAAGACAGCUGUUCACGUUAAAGCCCGACCUCACUGCACCAUUUCUGUGUAAAAUGCUGCAUAUUGUAGCAUCGAGAGGGUUCUGUCUGUGGGUUUUCACACAUUUUUCAGACUUUUUGCAGCUUGACUCAAGUCCUGGCUUGUGAGAAAUAUGAGGCUGGUUUGAAAAUGAUACAAAAACCUCUUAAUGAACAACUUAAGAAACACUCUCCAAAAUAAGUUUUCACUACAGAAGCAAACCUCGGUAGGUCAAUCAGUCAGUCAAUCAGACUCUAUGUCUGGCACUUAUCAUACAACGUGAGUGCUUAACAUGAACAAAAAUCAUUAGAAUCAAUCAAAACAGCAGUUUAUGUGCAAGGUUUAUGAUAAGCAAACAAAUGAUAAACAACAGACAAAAUACAUUAGAAAGAAAAAUCAACAAUAUUGAUCAAUAAAAACAAAGGACUAACAAUGAAUGCAAGUCACCAGGACCCUUUUUAAAGUGGUUAACUAUAUGAAGUCCAGGGAUAUCUACCAGGCAGACUGUUUUGAAAAAGCAGGAUUUUGAAGGGUGAUAUGUGUUGAAAUUUUUAAAACUACUUAUGGGCUCACACACAAGAUCAAAUAUCACCCCCCCUUAAUUAUUAGUUCUGACUCCAGCCGACAACAGCUAAAAGGGUAACUGCUUUGGUAUCUUGCCCCUGACAGAGACCACAGUAGGCGUUGUCAAUUGUGCAUCUUUUUAGAGUGAAUUCAAACAAAAUCACACAGUUUGACAGAGGAUGCUGCAGAGGCGUGGAUGUGCUGAUUUAUACACACUAAUGUCACGGUCACCAAAGAACUUUUUAUUUCUCCUAUGUACUGCUUUGCUCUUGCUGCAGUAGCUCCUCAUCUAUUAUUGAACUCCCCUGACCAUCGCUGCUGCUUCUUUUACUGGGAGAAUAAGGAAGUAAGGACCAGGUUUUAGUGGUCAUUUGCAGACAAGAACUGAAAUGUCUCCUUCAUGUUGGCAUUUAGAAAACUCAGUAAAAUUUGUUGUAGGAGGUACCAUUCAUUUGGUUAAAAACUAACUUUAGAUCUCUUUAUAUCCUGAAAUACUGACAUUGUAAUAUUCUGCAGGUCAACAACCAAUGAAGAAUUCUGAAGCCAUUUUGCCUCAUUUAAUUGUAUUUAACCUGAGGCAGGAAAAAAAUUAUCAGUAGUUUUCAGCGACACACACAUCAACACACAAACUUGCUCUUCCCACCAGCUCCCCCUUUCAGUGCGGUGCAUUUUCAUAUCCCCCAAUACUUACUGUUCAUGCCACGGACAGUAAGAGUAAUGGCGUGUAAUGGGUUUCUCUAUGAGGUACACUGAAAGCUAAAUGAACUGUCAAUUUUUAUUAUUUAUUAUUCAGUACUUAAAGUUUUGCCUCAUUAAAGAGCGGGCCCCCCUGGGCAGCAGAAUUGUUCAAAAUCUACUUUCAUCUGUGGAUGUCUUUUACCCCCCAUCAGCUCACAAUGAUGCCGCUAGAGCCACAGGCACAAUUCACACUCCUUGUUUUUUGUCCAUUUUUAUCAUGCAUUCACUUGUGGUUGCUUUUUAAUCAUUAAGUAGCAAAGGGUAGCAGGGUGAUUAAGGAAAAAGAGACAGCUGUUGUGUCGAUGAGUACUGAAACAGCAUGGGAAGAAGUACUGACCCCAGCUAGUCUUAAUUUUUGUAAAAAGGAGUCACAGCAGACAUAGUUUGAAUCCUUUUGCAUUGCUGUGCAGUGUGACCUUUUACGAGGGAUUAUUUCCUACACCUUUGUUUUUUUAUUUAGACAAGAAGAAAAGUCUGAUGCCAAUGUAUGACCUAACCUUGAACCUUUCUUUACAUGGCACUAAUAUUUAACAUUCAGACACACGUUGCUUCGUCCACAAAUUUUCAAAGCCAAUUGUACAACGAGGUUUGGGAGACAAAAUCAGGAGUCCUGUAAUAGCUUUGUACUCCCACUGGGACAGAAGUCGGAAAAGCUGCUGAUCCUGGGGAAAAAUGUGGCUCACUAACAUAUAAUUUACACUGUAAGUACUUAAAAUGUGCUAUGCAAAGGUUAUGCAUUUCAACAGUCAUUUGCCUUCAUAUUCAGAGUUUUUUUUCUGGUCGUGAUUGUUGCUGUGGUUGCCAUUUGGCCUCGGUAGAGACCCCCCAGUGGAUUUUUGCUUGUGUGUUGUUAAUUCCAGGUGAGCAGACAUCUAUUAUGGGAAAUUAAUAGGAAUUAAGGGGGAAAAGCAUGUCAGGUGAAAGGUGAAAUAAUUCAUUAGUAUCUCAGUGGUUGUCCCAUGUGUUCAUAUGCUUGUGUGUGCGGAUGAUACAUCCAUAACAAGAGUUUUAACCAUGCUGCAACAACACUGUUUUCUCUGAAUCACGCCUCUGUUUUCACAUUGCUUAACGGAAAAAUUCUCCUUAUUACUGAGCAAAAUUAAUGCUUAACCACAGCAGUUAAUUAACAUCAGUCUGCAGAGGGCAUUUAUUGUGAAAAGUAUCCCCCAUCACGGAGAACAUUGAUUGCUACAUGCUCCUGUGAGACCCACCAGUCUUGCAGGCAUCUCUAAUCAUUGUUCGACACCUUGAAAGACAGACACCUCUGUUCAAAGUUAAAGACUGGCCUGUGUCAGGUGCUAAAAAAAACAUGUGACCUCAUCGGUUCCUCGCUCAGCUCCCCCUGGAGGUAAAGGCUCUAAUUCCACCACUUUUACUCCCAUUUCCCCUCAGUCUGCUAAUGAUGAUGAGACCCACGCUGUACUCUUGCUCUGCUACUUGUCCCUCAAGGCUGAGCGAUGGUAUUUGGGAUCGGACACUGUUUAGUUAUUGGCCAACAAUGGAGAAUGUCUUUUAAUAACACACCUACUACAGAUUAGGUGGUAAUUGCAGCCUUAAUCAAUAAGCUAGCUGAGCGGAAAAUUAAAGGUACAAGAAGCUGACCCCCCCCAUACCCAGAAACACACACAACACGUUUUUUGGUAUUAAGCCCAUUGUUCAGAUGUGGCCUAGUGAGAAUGCUGGAGGGCGAAGGCAGAGGGCUGGGAGCGAGGAGGGAUCUGACAGUGAUAAAUAGGCCUUUUAAUAACAGCUGUGCCACUUGGGCAGCCAUUCUGAUCCAUUCCCAUCCAAGCCAGUCCCAUCAUCCUCCUCCCUCCCUCACUCCAUCCCCCACAAUGAGAGCGCAAAUUUACAUAUUGCUGUGAUGACUCGGUAAGUCAUACUGGAUUUUAGAAGAAACACAUUCACAAGUGUAUUUUAUGAAGACACAUCUCCUGACGUGGGUGUCAUCAGUGAAGUUUUUUUGUUUAUUUGGUUGCUAUGAACCUCAAAAAGGAGGUAACAGGAAAAAAAAAACACACACCACACCUCACAGUUUAACAGAUGGUUUGGUUAACUGAAACAUCAAUUAUUGCAUUGCCUUGGCAGGCAUGUGAGAGGCUCCAGAGUGUGUGUGUGCACGUGUUAGUCCUGUAGGAUAUGAGUGUUUGGUGAGCUGUUGACCUGGAGGAGAAAAGGGUUAAUGCUACACUCCUCAGAACAAGCCCACAGGGCAUUGGUCCUCAUCGGCAACAGAUUUCAGCACAGCAUGCUCACAUUUGUGGGAACACUAUGGAUUAAUUCUGACGUCAUUUAAAUAAACAUCUUUGUGUGAGGUUGUUUUUAAAAGUCAGUGCCAGACAGAAUUUAAAAGUAAAUGAGUUUAUGCUUCUCCUUGAUGUUUUUUUAUUCUAUUUACUAUUAUUUUACAUAGUACAGAAUUUAUAUUCUUCAAGAACAAAUCAUCUUUUUUGGCUUUUGUCACUAACACUUAUCAUUCCCCCAAAUAUUUGUGGCUUUUUUCCCCUUUAGUACUGCAACACGAUGAAUGAACAACGCAUGAAUGGACUGCUGCCGGACCCUUUGCAGAUAUUUCCAAGAGGUAUGAAGAGACAUCUUACAGCUUUUGAAAAGUCGGAAAAGCUAAGGCUGAAUAGGUUUUUGAGAUCAAUAUGAUCACAUCACAUUGCAUUAAAAUUGGAACAUUUAAACAAAAUUCACGCUCAUACAUUUGUACAAAUGCGAAAAUUGAGGGAACUAUUUGUGUUCAUUAAAUGUAAAGAAAUUAGGGGAUUUGGCAGACAGUAACAAUGCUGCCUCUGGGAGAUAUGAAUAUUCAUCGGCUUAUUCUGAUAAAAUGUUGAAAGUUGUUUAUAGAGCAACAUUUAUUUUUCUCCUUGGCUCUGUAAGCCUGCAUGGAGGCUAACCCUGGUCCAGACCUCCUUUGAUUGUAGAUAAUUCUUUUCAGAGUUGCUCUCUAAUAUGAGUGAUUUUUUUAUCCCCCAACACUCAUGGACUACAGUUUUUCCUCACCAGUUAAAUUCACACAUAAUCCUCAAAAGCCCCCUGCAGGCUCAGUGAUAAAAGAUGUUCGAGUAUCUUUUUCUAUCUUUUCACUUUUCUUUAACUCUGUGAUUCAGUUUUUGUCUUUCUUCCAACCUACCACCAGCGGUCUCAAGAGCCCAACAUCUCAGUCACUCUCUUCUCUACAACUAAUUUCAGAGUAACCCUCAUUUCAUUUCAUCUUUUUUUUUUCUUCUUUAUAAAGAACUGAUUCCUUUUCAGCACAUUUGUAAAUGGCCCACUGAUGUGUUCUACAAUCUAGUCAAUUACUGUUUCAGCCGGCAAGACUCCAGGGAUCCGGAACAUACAUGGCCUGAAGGUACCUAUCUCAAUAAUUGUUUCAGCUGCCUUACACAGAGAGCGAGAGGAGGGAGGAAGGGAGGGAGGGAGGGAAGUUGAGGCAAAUGGAUUGGUAACGCUGUGUUCCACUUAUUGAAAUGUCAAUUGAAGUCAAGGCUCUCCUUUUCUUUCACUCAUUUUCUUGUUUCCCUUGUCUAUGUUUAUGUAUGGGGAUGGCUGGCUGUGGCUGCACAGUGCUUGUCUCUCUUUUUUUUUUCCUCCUCCCUGUAUUCUCGUUUCUCAAACUGGUCAAGUCAUUAAAGAGCAAGGUGUGAAAUCUGAAGCCUUGAUCUCUGCCUCCAGAGUAUUAUUCUGACUGCAUAUCAUAGGAAGAACUGAAGUGUUGGAUAGAGCAAAAACUAAGUCAAUAUGAUCAACCGUGAAAUUGUCAUUACAAGCCGCCCUCUGCCAUUUACAGAGGGUCCGCCACAGACCCUCCUGUUUCAUGUAUGGCAUAUGUUACCAUUGAAGCCCGUCGCUAAUUACCAUGGGUUAAAUGACUUGACACUUUCUCUAUCCCUCCAGAUGAUCCAUAUUAUAUCCAUCUCCAUUUCAAUAGUAAAACUACCCCCUCCUCAAUACUCUAACUGCUUUAAUCAAUGUAUCCUCGAAGGAGCUUUGGUAAAGACUCCUGAACCGUAUCAGUUUUUUUGAAGGUCAGAGGUCUGUUUGGAGAAAAUGAUGUUUUCUGAAAACCUUCAGUCCUCCAGUACUCUUUCCCCUUUUUCUUUCCUCUUUUAAUAUAAAAGUAAUUGGCUAAGGGGAGUCUUGUGCACUGUUUAAAUUAGGUCUUCCUGGGCACUAAUUAAAGAGAGAAUCCCUGAGCCUUGGUGGACCAAUCACAGCGGCCUUUUGACCUCAAUUAAAUAAGCUAUUUUUAGUAUCCUCUUUUCAGGGUCUUGUCUGUGCUUUUGUAUAUGAUAUUAGAGUUUGAUACUGAAGCCUUUAAAAAUCAGAGCUGCAGAUGAAAAGAUUGGAAAAUAAGAAAAUAUUUGCACUUAUAAUGCAAGACAUUUUCAAUAUUUAACGUUUUUACCAGCUUUUGCCUACAUGUGUUUUAACUGGCGAAUUUCUAGUGUGAAGCCAUAUUGUUUUAGUUUUCUUCUCCUCUUUCAGUUCUGUCUUUCUUUCCACUCAUCUAUAUGGACAUCUCUUUCUUUCUUGUCCUCCUGCUUUCCUUCUCUCCUACAAAAGCCAAUUAACCUUCAGGCUGAACUGAGAGCUUGUGUUUUGUUCUUGUUCAUUAGGGGGUCUGGCCAUAUGUCUGUCUGUCUGCGUGUCUUUUGGCCUUGACCACCAGGUGUGUGUGUGUGUGUGUGUCUUUGUGUUUGUAUGUCUAUGUCCUCUAACAUGUAUGCCUCUGUGUCUGCACACCUUCAGGUUAACACAAGACCUAACCCAGCCAAUGACUGCACACAUACUGUCCCGGACUCCAUGGCUAACAACAGGUGAGCUUGCUGGGUCUUGAUAAUCACACUACUCUACUCAGAAUAAACCACAGUUGGGUUGUUGUUAGAUGAGGGGGAGAAACAUGUCUGUGGUAGGACAUAUCUAUGCGUUUCAGUGUAACCUUUGCUGUGUUCCCUUCUUCAGCUUAAAAAAGUCAUCUGCUGAGCUGAAGAGGAUCCUGACAAACGGGCAGGUGAGUCUCUGUUAGUGGUUGAAGCAGAAUGUGACUGCUGUUAUCUCUCUGCUCCUGCUCUCACACCUGGUUUCACCUGAUUAGAGCGCAUUCUCACCAGUGUUUGACACCUUUAUUGAUUUUCUCAGCUGCCAACUGUGGGCUUGUUGUACAGAGCGUAUUUGGUUGUUGUCUCUUCAUUCACUGGUCCACACAGGGAGCAAGGGGCCUGACGGUUCUCUUACUCUCUCCCACACACACACACACACUCACAGCAUGGCUAGUAUGUCCGGGAGACAAUUAAGCCAUGGCCUUUCAGGUUCCUGCUGUAACACAGUGAACUAAUAGAACUGUUUCUCCACCUCUCCAUCUAUCUCCUCUCUUUCUCUUCACCUGUUCCUCUGCAAAGCCCGCAAAUCAAGUGAGGUGAAUUUGACUGUUUGGGCAGGGAAGGUGGCUUUCAUGCUGAGAUAGAAGAUGCCUCUCUGUUUCUGUAAAUAAAAAGAUCAGUUUUGGCAGCCACACAUUAGUACUGUAUCAGGCAUAGCACACACAGGCAUUUGUACACAUAAACUGAAUUGUGACAAGGUGCUGUUAGCCUCCAGUAUGAUUUGAUGUCACACACACACAUACACACACACACACACACACACACACACACACACACACACACACACACACACACACACACACACACACACACACACACACACACAAACACAUAUUGUGCCUAUGAAUUUUCCUGACUGAUCCCAGCAGAAUAUGCUCAGCAAUUUUUUAUGGAAUUAUGAUUUCUUUUCUGUUUUUAUGAAUCGUAGGAUUUCAAAGUACUGUUUUUUAAAUCAGUUGCACAUUUCCCAUUUUUCAUUUAAUAUCUUACAAAACAUUUGAAAUAAUAUGGCUUUUGAUUUUUAACCAACUAUAAAAAUAUAGUCAAUAUAUUUAUAUGUUUUUUUUUCUGGUUUUGAAUGUAUUGUAAGAGAGGAGCGUAUAUAUUUCUGUUUUUCAGUAGCAGCUAAACACAACAGAUAAGGAUAUGAAUCUACUUUAUUCCAUUAAAUGCUAGAUUCUUCAAACAAUGUAGUUACUUUUAGUGAGUUAAAUCAACAUGUAGCAUCCAGAUGGCAACAUUUGAACCUUUCAGAAAAAAAUACAUCUGAUUAUAGGAAUAUUUGACUGAUAAUCUCGAAAUGCGCAAGAGCAGGUAUCUUCUGCUCAGGCAGGCUGUGUUGGUUCAGGCUAUGAUAUUAUACUUGGCACUUUUUAUUAAAGUGGAGUGGAAAGACGACAGCAACAAAUUGUCAUUAAACUCUACAUCGGUCACUCCUCCACUCACGUACGCACAGUGUCCUUUUAUAAAUUGGACAGCAAAUGUUGUAUUGAUCCCCUUCCUUGUGUCCCUCUCUUUUCUCUCCUCAUGUUGCUGAACUUGGAGUGACCUGAAUGCUUGUCUUGUUUAUAGCCUGCAGUGACAUUGUAGCCCCCCCACCCCUCCAGCCCCCACCCCACUCUCCCUUUUGCUCUCUGCCUCUUUUUGCUGUCUUUCUUGAAGCCGUGUGGCCACACAUAUCAUCCACUGGUUGCAUGUCUUCUUGUGUUAGAACAUCUGAGUGCUCUUAUUAUGUACCUGUGCUUUUUGCUGCUUUGUAGAUAAAUGCCCAAGAUAUCCACUAUCAAGAGCAACUCGGCCAUGGAAACGGAGGAACAGUUUACAAGUGAGUGUUUCCUGGCUUCACAUGUUAAGACACCUACAUGACAAGGCCACUGUACAAUAACAGAGAGUGACCCUGAAGAGUGGGCUGCUGAAGGAAGUGAGGUAGUCUGAAGGAUGCAUUCAAGUGGAUGUGUAAAGUGGAAAUAUUAAGGUGGAAUGUUUCAAUUAACAGUCUCUAUAAUACAGAUAUAACAAAGGAGUCGACUUCUCUCUUUUCUGUCUUCCUUUUUAUGGUGCAUAACAUAACAUAACAGGGCGCUCUUCACACUGUUCACCACCUAUUGUCUGUUCCCUCAUAUGUCAAUUUAUCUCCCAGUGUUUGCCGCGACAUCUAUCAGCCUGCUUUGGGUCUGUAGCUGCAUUUAUUUAUUCUAGGUUGAAGGUUGCCAACAUAUAUGAUAUUGAUUUGGGGCUGUAAGGUAUGACAGCAAUUGACCUAAUCUGUCUAUAGUGGAGCACAUUACCUGCCACGAUAGAAGAGCUCCAUCCUCUCUGCCCAGACAAAUGUAUUACUGCCCUGCUAACGUUAUGACAAGGUUGGCAUUUGUGUCGCUCCUUCAAUCCUCCUUUUCCCCAGCUUUUGUUUUCUCCCUGCCAUCAAUCCCUGGCUAUUGAGCUGUUUUAUUGAGAUUGAAGUAUUGAUCACUGCUCAGACUAACCUUGACUUGACAGAGUGGGGUCUGCCUCACACGUUCCACAGCAAACCCAGUAAAUUUCCAAUCUAGCAAGUCCACAAGACUAUCUUUUUUAUAUAUAUUCAACCCAUUUUUCCUAACCACCACCUUUUACUGUUUUAUGGCUUUUAGAUGGUUACAUUAAGAGCCAAUCUCUCAGAGUGUAGAAGAGAAAAAUUGCUGAUAAGUUUGGCACAAGAAAUGGUAACACUUCAGUGGGGAAGGCCAAUAAUGCAAGCCCGACAACUUCUCUGUCAAUUUAACCUGGUGAAAAAUCUAUACACGUUGGUGGUGAUACUUUUAUGACCAACAUGAAAAAAUCACAUAAAAAGCAACCUAGUUGUUUAUGUUUUUUUAGUACAUUGAUUGUUUUUUAUAUUUAUAUUCUGUCUCUGAUAUAUCUUGUUAAAUGAGCUGGCUGAGGAGCCCAUACAUAACUUUCCUGUUGUCAAGACCCGCUGCCUUCCAAAUUCAUAAGGAAAGAUGAAUUCUGCUUUACUCAAUCCGUAUUUUGUUUUCAUUUUUGUUUUUUUAUAUAUUUUGUUUUGGGGGCCUUCAGCCUUUACUGAGAGGACUUGUGCCUCCUUGACAGAGCAGGACUCCUCCGUCCAAGAGGGGCGUUUUAUAUUUGCUUCUUUGUCCCCUUUGAAAUGUUUCACUUGAGGUCAAUAUUUCUCUAGCUUGGACAAUUCUUUCUGUGCAUUGACAAACACUUUUCAAAGCUGCCUAUCGGUUAUUUUCUGAGCCUCUCACAAGCAUAUGAGAGGCCAUAUUCUUCAUGUGUGGUUGUGCUUCCUAAACUCACAGCUGCAUCCUUCCUGGUCUAUUGAUCCUUCUCUGCUGAAUCAGCUGUACCUCUGAAGGCUUAGGGUGUUAUGAGCAGCUUCUUCCUCAAAAUUCAGCAAAAUCCUUCAAGAAAGUCGACUCUGACUCCAGUUACACAUCCUUUAAAAGGACACUGGAGUGACUGGCUUGGUGAUGAAAUCUAAUUACUCUGAACAGAGCCCUUAAUAGAAAAUGACCAGCAAAUAUGUAUCCCGCAAUUUUGUCUGGCUCUUUCUACACUGAGAAUUUCAAAGAUUAGUAAAACCUUUUCACUCAUCUUUUAAAAAAGGAAUAAAACACAUUGAAAAGCAUGACUUCAGUUCUGUAAAUCAGCCAGCUAAACAUUAUUUUUUGUAUGAAAUGGGAGGUUAGGCGUUAGAGGAAUAAUGAGUUCAUGUGCACUGAAGACCUGCCCUGUUUUUUGCAUGCUUGGAAACCGAUUUUGUGUUCCCCUCAGCCUCUUCCCUUCAGCCUAGCUUAUAUUAGGCUUAUUAUGUGUAAAAAGCACCACCAAACGCUCCCCACCUUUUAACCUCUUAGCCCAUUUAUGACCUAAAGCCAUUUAGACUCAAUUGGAUGUUACCAACACCUCAGCUCUCUAUAGCCACUCGCUGACCUAGCCAUCCAUCAAAGUCAGCCCUUGUUUUUUAUUACUCACUCUCUCAGAGGUCCAUCUUGUCCACCAAUCUAACUGACUUUGUGGCUUAUAAAUACAAUAGCAAGGACAAACAGGCCAUUUUUGUGACUCAUGGAUUCAGUGGCGCAAUUAAAACCUGCACAUUUGCCUGGUUGUUACGGCGGUGACACUUAGACACUGGUGGUGGUUCCUUUCGUCUAAAAGCCCAUUUUGUCCAUUGAUUUUGUGUUUUUUUUUCACUUCAUUGAUUAAGCUGUAUAGCAGAGGCAAACACUCUUUGUGACGACAGAGGAUGGUAACUUGAAAUCAUGCUCCGGACAGAGCUGAUCACUCCUUCAUGCAGAUAAUGAGUAACUGUUUACUGGGACCCUUUUUUCUGUCUUCCACUCUGACUUUUGUCUUUUGCUGAGAAUUUUCGAGGGUGUUUUAAUGUCUUCUUUAAUCUGUUGACUCUAAUAAAGACAAUGAAGUUAAAUAGUCUGACGGUUAGGAGCCUGAAAAUGAUUGUUCUGAAAUCUUGUUAAAAACAACGACUAACAGAAUCAAAUCAACUGUUUUGUGUGAAACAGCCUCAAGCCAAAAAUCAUGAAAUGAUUAUGAUAUGAAAUAAUUGUUUGAGGAUAUGGUAUCCACUGGUUUUUAGUUUGACUCAAUUAUAUUCCAGUUUGUUCUCCUGAAAUGGGUCAAACCUGAACUAAAGAUACAAAAAUAAAAAAACACAAAUAUAAAAAGAACAAACUUCUGCUGAUGCUUCAUGUUGGCAGUGCGUCUUGUCACAAACAUAUCUGUUUACUGUCACUGUUGUAGCUGAUACUUUAUUUCUGAUGAAAUAAAGAAAUAAAAAAAAGUACUUUAAUUUUUUGAACCACACUAACAAAUAAAACAAAGUUUAGUUUUUACUUAGCAAGUCUUUUUUAGUGUAUCUGUCACUCACUACAUGUCUGUGAGUGUCUGUGUUUAAGUUUCUGUCUGGGUCAGUUAAGAGACUCAUUAUAGCUGUAUCAGGUGAAAAGUUAGGGGGGGAGAAGGGCAGCCCAUGUGUAAAAGUACCACGUUAGCCCUGAUCCAUGAGGCCAGUGUCUCUAUCCCAUGGUCCCAGUUCCAGAGACAUCGAGAGAGGCCCUAUGAAUACUGCAUGAUGGAGCUUUUAUUACAGAGCGAGCUAGAGUGUAAAUAAGAUCCAGGCAAUGGGGCACGUUUACUGGGGUCAGAUCAGGUGGAAGUGGCGGGGGGUGGGCCGGGGGAGUGUGGGGGCUAUGUAACCUUGUCCCCAUGUCUCUCGCUGUCACAAGCCUGUCACUGUAACUCAUACAGGGAUGCUUGGCCCUGAGGCUGUCAAGGACAGUCUGAGUAUAAAGCUUCUACUAAGCAGUAGUCACACCAUGUCUGCAGUUCUUUAACAUGUCCUUAAAACAUGUAACUUUAUGAACUCUUGUGCACCUAGUUUUGAACAAAAGUAUUGUUUUAUUUCCUUUUACGGAUUGAAAAGAAGUGCAACUUGUGAGCAUAUCAGUCAGUAUUUGGCCCAUUGUAUGCACAUACAAGAAACCAAAAGGACGGUUUAGGUCCAGCAAGGACAACAAACAUCUGGAGGUUUUAUGAAUACAUACAAGACUUUCUCUAAAGAUACAUCAGUGAAGACUUACAAAAAUGAUCUCAACUACACAGACGCGAUGUUGCUGGGUCAUUUACCUGCCAGUGCUUUUCAAAUGUCUAGACACUUAAUUGAUGACUACAACUUGUUUAACAUGUAGCAUGUAAUCUCCUUUUUAGGCUGCUUUUCACACUCAACCUGCCCACUCAGUACUUAACAUGUCUACCCCUGCAAUCUUGCCUCAAUUAACAUCUUCAUCUUAAUUAAAAGGGGAAGUCAUGCUUAACUGAUAUUGAUUGUAGCUCAAAGGAAGACCAAGACAUCAGAAUGGAAACAAGGCCAUCAGGCUUCUGUGUAAAGAGCUUUUCCCCCAGAAAAAUACGAGAAAAAUCACUUAAGCCGAAACAGAAAAGGUAUGGAGUUGGGUCUUAUAACAUGAGACUUGCUGAAUCUCUUCUGCUAUUCAGUUUCCAAUCGUUCAUGUUGUAUGCAUGAACUUGCGGUCAGUGCUGUGUGACUGCUAUAAGAACAGUCAUCAGGCUGACAGAAAGUUGGGAGCAGACACUUUGUAAAUUCCUACCAUUGUGAAUCUUUAAUUUGUAAUAUAACAUGACAGGAAAAGUUGAAAAUAGUAUUUCUUAUAUAAGACCAUGCUAGAAACCAUUCAGAUCAAGAAUCCUUGAAUGUGUUUGAUUUUUUUCUGGGCAGAUUAAAGUGAAAAGUCAAACUGAAGUUAUUGGAAGUUGUAAAAACUUUGUUUUAAGGUCAGUUAUUUGUUUUUGUCAAUCUUUGAAAUGUCUGUGGUGUGUAUUUUUGUCUUUUAAAGAGAUAAAACUGUUUUGAAUUAUACAUGUACAACAUUGAAAAGCUAAAGUAAGAGGCCAGUGUUGGUAUUAAAUGCAGUUGAACACCUGAUGUGGCACUAAUAGGUCUCUUUAAUUAAAAGCCUUGGCCAGUUUUGAGGUGUCUGGCCCAAGAGCAAUGUGAUCCUCCAAUCUAAGACGCAUUAAUCACACCUAGCACCAUACACAUUCUCUCUGAGAGACCUGCUGACAGGUGAGAAGCCAGGUAUCGCGUUCACUCAGUCUGCUUGUGAGCUAACUGGCCUGUGUGACGUGCUCUGCCCCACCUCAUCCCACUCACCUGACAGCUGUUGGACAGAAUUUGUCCUUGAGGAUAGUAUGUUGUGAGGUCCAGAGGUAUUGUCACCGGUGCCGUAAACUAACCUUUGAGGGCUGUAACUAAAGCCGAUGUUUGGCAUUAAGGAGUUUGAUAAUUAAAUCAUUACGGGGAAGGUCUGUGGCUGCUGUGUUCUGUGCAACUCAAAACUCUGUCUGGAACAUCCAGAGACGGGGUGACCGGAUCUUUUUUGGUGAGGUGACCUCUGACCUCUAAGAGAAGCAUUUGUUUAUGUUUCUUUUACUCAGAAACAUAAAAACCUGCAUAUUUUUUGUUAUACUAUCCCCCUUAAGCUCCUCACUAAAAAGAAUGGAAAACUUUAAACAUCUCUAAAAUUGAAAUAGUAACCUAAACUUUCUGGAUACCGUUGCAAUGAGGAGGUAAGAAGAAGUAACCACUCACAUAAGUUUUGCUUCAUGUUAUCCUGUGUUUCCUCCUUCCAGAGCAUACCAUGUUCUUGGCAAAAAGGUUUUAGCUGUCAAGGUAAGAGAUCUUUACAUCAGCAUGAUAAUAGUUCUACUUUCUCACUGACCUUUAAUGAUGAGACCUGCAGAAUGUGUUUCAACUGUUUACUGAUUGCUGAACAUUUUUCCCCCCAAGGUCAUUCCUCUGGAUAUCACAGUGGAACUACAGAAGCAGAUUAUGUCAGAACUAGAAAUCCUGUAUAAGGUCAGUUUUCAACGAUUUCAAACAUUUAUUAUACUGUGUCUCUGUCCCUCCAGACCUCAGUGUUUGUACACAACACAUCUGACUUCAGAGGUGUCAUUUACCCCCUCUGGUCUUACAAUGUAAACUGAGGUGGGAUUAACAGUACAAGACAUGUCCAAAACAUACACAUGCACAUGGGCUGAGCAUGUUAGUUUACUGAUCUGUCUGUGACUCUUUCAGUGCUUGGGCUAAAAUAUGUUCUCAGUUAGCUUUGUUUUACAAUUAUUCAGCCAUUCCCCAGUAGGGGUGGGAGAAAAAAUCGAUACAGCAUAGUAUCGCGAUAUUUGUCUGGUGAUAUAUCAUAUUGUCUCAUUGACCAAGUAUCGAUUUUUCAAAUUAAUUGUGAAUACGAAGUCAAAUCUAUGAUAAUGAAAAAAAAAAGUCUGAAUGAAAUGAUUAUAUAGACUUGAUGCACUCCUGUGACCAAGCACUUGAUUUGAAGAGAAUUUUUGGAGCAUCUUUGACUAAAACUGCAUCCAAAAGUUACUCCAAACAAAAACUCCAAACACUUUUUACAGAUAAUAUUUACACAAAUGAUUUUAACCACAACUCCAGUCUGCCAUGCUCUGUAAUGAUCACAUUGUUUCUCCUCUUGUUUUCAGUGUGAUUCACCUUACAUCAUCACUUUCUUCAGUGCCUUUUUUGUAGAGAACAGGAUAUCAAUUUGCACAGAGUUUAUGGACGGUGAGUAUUCUGUUUGCAGAAGCCAAUAGAUCAUAAGUUUGAAUCUUUUCACUGCAACAGCUGUGAAAAAGAGACUUCUGGAAGCUGUCGUGUCUCUCUACGGUGUGUCCAUUUACACUUCUGCAGAUCAAGAGGAUGUCUUUUUGCCGUGAGCUGCCCAGCAUGCCAUGUAUGCUAAAAGCUACAAGGGUGUGAUGAAUCUUGACUUAAGUGCAUUUGUAGAUGCGUUUGUAUGAGUGUGUUUAGACUGGUGUGAGAUUGGGAACUCUGUUUUUUUAGGUGUGUGUGUUCAUCCAAGUGUGUGGUAAUGCAGCAAAUCCCCUGUUUCACACAUUUGUAAGCUUGUCAGUGAAGUCUGUCUAACCUCUCAGCACUCUUAACUUCAUGAAACUUUUCUUUGACUGCUCAGAGCUUGUUAUACUUGACCAUUGUAAACCCAUGUGUGAGGAGACAUUGAUUACCUUGUCAUCGUGUUUCAUAGAAAUAACUAAUUGAUUAUCAGGACAGAGUUGUUACAAAAUAAUUCUCUUUAAUUCAAUUUUGAAAAUCCGGAAUUGUGUCUUCCAAGUUUACUGUCUUAAAAUGUCUUAAAAACUUUUUUUUAACAUGAUGCAUUUUCCACUUUAUUUUGUAUGUCUCCAGAAUAAUGUGGAAAUGUAUGUUUAAUGCUUUGAUUUACAUCAACAACCAUGAAAUACUUUUGUGUUAUUCAGGUUUAGACAUUAGUCAUCGAUUUUUUAAAAUUUUUGGGGGGGCUUAAAGCUCUGUUGGAAUAUUUAGUUCUGUAUUAUUAAGGGUCAUUAAAAAAAACCCACAAAGAAAAUGGUUAUAUAAUUAAAUAACACCAAAAAACUUCAUGCUCUAACUGUGUCUUAAUCAAUGAUUUGUCUCUUGCAGGCGGUUCUCUGGAUGUGUAUAAAAGAAUUCCAGAGCAUGUGCUGGGACGGAUUGCAGUGGCAGUAAGUUUUCUUGUUCCCAAAUGCAGAACUAAUAUUGUUUGUUUGUUUACUUUUGUAAUAUUGUUUGUUUGUUUAUUUUUGUUUGGGGAAAACAGCGUUAGGUUUAGUUUUUGUAUCAUGUAGCACUUGCCGGGGAAAACAACACCCCCCAAAAGUUGAACAUUAUGUACAAAGAACUCAAAAACUUUGUCUGAUUUAACUGUAUGCUUUUUCAGAUACAAGACUUCUGUUUAAAUUUACAGUAUAGCUGGAACAACAUCACAGAUGGAGUAAAAAAUGCUGUUUAUUGGUGUGUGGAUUUGCAUACUUAAUGCUAACUCAGCAGUGCCACCUAGAAAGAGCCGCCCUAGCCAAAAAGGUCUGGACCUGCUCAUUUGCAUACCUAUCCUAAGUAUAUUAUUUUAGCUCGGCAACAGAUGGAUCCAGAUGGAUCUGCUAAACAGAGCCACUGUUUAUGGAAAAGACGGGGCUGUAAGGAACGACAGAAGACUCAACUCACAGAUUAUUGUCAAACAACUGGUCAAGGAUCUAUGUCCUUGUAGAUCACUGCUCUGUAUCCAAUUAAGUCGAUAUGGAUCACCUAUCGACAAUCUCUCUCCCAUACUGUCAUCAUUGUAAACACUUAACAGUUCAAUCCAUUCAGGUCGUCAAAAAGACGAGAUUUUCUUUAAUGGAAUAAGGAUAAAAGUGUCUAAAAAGGUUUUUCUCAAUCAUCUGUAGCACACGAGGAAUAGGAUAAUAUCUUAAGAGCAGCAGCAUGAUUAACACGCAUGUCAAUCAGGAUAAUGAUUAUCGGAAAGUUGUCUAUGCAUCAUAUAUAUAUGAGACCUCAAGAAAAACCUUUAAAAGUACCCUAUAUGGUUUCAACUAAAUGAACGCUUGAUUCUCCUCCAGGGUCUGAUUUACUGUGUUCAAAGAUGCAAAAAAUAAAAAUUCAAUAUAUAUAUAUAUAUAUAUAUAUAUAUUUUUUUUUUUUUCUUCUUCUAAAUAACACACAAUUUUAGUUAGUUAUGUUUUUCAAAAAAAACUUGUUUUUAUUUUUUAUGGAAGUUGACAAAAAUGUUUUUGACAUUUUAGUUUUGCUGAAUCUCUUUGUUUUCUUUUACAACCAAAACCUUGGUGAAGAAACAUCCAUUAGUGUGCAAUAUAUUUAAGUGUGCCUUUGACUCACAGUUACAGUGUGACCCUUUAUGUUUGUUAACUACAGAGCAGGUUUACAAAAAAGUGAUUCAUUUCAGUAAUGAAGAAGAGAAAGAAAAACGCAGAUGUGGAUUUUUUAAUUAGCCUGUCUUUGAUUUACUGAUGGACAAAGUCAGAGUUGUUUUCCUCCUUUCUCCUUCCCAGUCUGUUCCCAGUUAAAACUCGAAUUUGAUAAAAAUGGCCUUGAUGUCGAUAACUGCACGUCUGUUUGCCACACUCAUUACUCUUCCCCUGCCUCUCCCUCCUCUUUUCUGUCUUCCCCCUUUUAACUUUGUCCGUAAUCAAACAAUGACAGCGUUUUAGUCAGUGUUAAUUCUAAUUCACAGCUUUCCCUCCUUUCCACUGUCACAGUUGUUAAUUAUCACAGAGAGGAAAGCACCCAAGAGGGUGUGAGUGAAGUCACAUUUUGCAGUUGUUACACUAGCACCACCACCUUCUGAGGCAGCAGGACUUCAGAGAGCCUUUGUGCAUCUUUGAUUUAUCUGAUAGGAAGUUGUUCAUCAGAGAUAGAUGACAGGAGCCUAGAAGCAACAGUCAGCUUCCACACCUUAAAAUAUGAUUUUUUUUAACCAAAUUGAAACAGUGUAGACAAUAUUUGAAAAGAAAGAGAAAGAAGAAACUUUGGAAAUAAAUCUGAGAAUUUCAAAGCACCUCUACUGCAGACUGGCAAUGUAAAAAUGUCUCACAACUGCAAUCUGUCAGUUUUCCAUGUGUCAGCUGUGUGUCUCCUUGCUGAGAGUCAGCAGGGAGACACACCAACAAUUUGCCCAGGGUACACAAGGAUUUUCCUUGAGUGCUCUUUUUCAUCUAGAGUCUUGUUAAAAAAAGUGACACCCAAAGUCUGUGACCGAACCUCAGGACCAGAACAGUAGUUGUUUCAGACUUAAAAGCUUGAAGGAUCACCUUUUACUACCGUCACUGUCUUAAACAAAGUUCACAGUCAGUUUAGAGUCUUUUACUACCAUUGAGGCCCCAAAAUAGUUUGAUUCUUCUUUGCGUGUGCAUCUAUAAACACAUUUUGACAUUGUAGAGUCACUGUAUAGAACCUGGAUGUCAAAACUGAAGGCCAAGAAGUAUAAGAGAAAACAUGAAAAAAAAUCAGUAUACACAGUAUUCAACUUGUUACCAGGCUACCAACCAACCAACCAAACAAACAAACUGACAUUAAGGAUUGAUUUAGAGAUGAUUUAUUUAUAGAGAUGAAACAAAUAGUCCCUUCAUUUUAAGGGUUCAUGGUGUCUCCAUGGCAAUGAAAUUCCUUUUAGUCUACCUUUAGAUUAAAUGAACAUUAAACUGAACAUUUUUAUUCUCCGUAAAGUCUGAAUAUUUGCCCGCGUUACCAUUGUAGAUCACAUUCUAUUUAACAUUUCAAUUCAUGGUGUAGUCAAAGCCAUUGGCAUUCAUAACAGAUGAUACAAUAGCACCCGUACAAGUGUCCGUCCUCGUACCUGAACCAGUCAAGUAACCAGUCGAGGCACUGAUUUUGUCUGUUUCGUUAGUUGACAUCUCUUUGACCCAUCUUCUUGUGUGAUUUAACUUGCUUUGCCAUUUUCUAUGCUGAUGUAUCCCUUCUAUGCUGGUCAUCCAUUAACCACCAAUACAGAAUUUUGUGAUAUCCAAAUAAAUUUAUAUUAAUACUAAAAAUAUCCUUCCUUUUUAUCUUCCAGUGUAAUUGAAAAAUAUACAGGGUGAGGGGGAAAUCAUGAACAUUAUGCUGGAUGUGCUUAAAGUCCUUUCUGUGGAUUGAUUUCAUAUGAAGUGUGUGAUCAGGUUGUCCUUAGCAACUCUUUUGAUGGUCAGAAUUAAUAACCACUUUUUUGGGUUUUGACCAAUCAGAGUGAAGUAUUCAACAUGUGACUUACAGCUACAAUUUAGAGGACUGUAAAGUUCAGUUAUUUGGUCCAUUUUCUGUUAAUCAAUUCAUAAUAACCUUCAUUGUUAAUUAUUCAACCACAUCUGCUGCUUUUGACUCCUUGAUUAUUCUCUUGACUUUUUUUUUCACUGUGUCCGUAGGUGGUCAAAGGCCUGACGUAUCUGUGGAGCCUGAAGAUACUUCACAGAGGUGAGUAAAGUAGUGGGAAGGCUCUGUGUUAUUAAAAAAAGAGCAGAGUUGAUAAAGACAGGACACAGGGUGCUGAUGUUGCAGUUUUAUCAAGCAGUUUGUCUCCACAGACGUCAAGCCCUCCAAUAUGCUGGUGAACACCCGGGGACAAGUCAAGCUCUGUGACUUUGGUGUCAGCACACAGGUACACUGAUUUGUUUGUGUAAGGAUGAUAAAGAGAGAGAGGAAGAAAGUGAGGGGAGGAAAGACGAUUGACUAAAGCUGCGUCACUACAGUGCUGUGCAAUCUGUGUAUGUAUGUAUGUAUGUGUGUGUGUGUGUGUGUGUGUGUGUGUGCAUAUGGUCAACCUGUCAAUCACUACAUUCAUUUUCACCUCAAAACAUCAGCACUGUCCCGGGGGUCAUCCUCUCAUACUAAGCCCACCCCCCCACAUCCAUUGUUCUGCAGCCUCAGAAAAAAUCACUCAUUAUUAUUAUGACCCAUGCGCACAACGGCAGAGCCUCAUUGAUAUGUAUUCAGGAGAUGUGGGGAAAGCGUGGGUGGCAGACAAUGGCCAAGUCAGUCUGUGUGUGUGUGUGUGUGUAGGGUAGAGUGUGUGUUUGCAAUGUAAUCAUCAGGGAGAGACCUUCAACACACCCUAAAAAAAAUCAACCCCUAGGACUGAGUCUGAAUGUGUGUAGUGAAAAAAAAAGGGACACACAGCUUCCCCUCUGAGGCAAAUUAUUAUUCAUUUUAAACCCCUGCUUCCCGGGAUGCUCCAAGGUGAAUUUUGCACCCUGUAUGUGUAACACUUUCACACACACUGACUUGUCCUCUGUCUUUGUGACUCAUUUUUUUUCUGUUUACCUCUCUGUCACGCAUUCAUACACCCCCCCCACCCCAGUCCCCCCGAAUGCUGAGGGGCCUGCUCAAAAAUAGCCAUGAGGGAAUAGACAGUCAUUAUCACUGUCCUGUCAUUGAUGGCAUGUGCUAUUGUACCCGCACACACUGAAACACACACACACACACACACACACACACACACACACACACACACAUCAGUGCCUCCUUGUGGGUGGAGAGCGGCCCCAAAUAUGAACCUGACACUUAAAUAUGUUUACAUGAGGUUACUCCCUGAUGUAGGAUGAUUCCGUAUUGAAUACUGAAGGUGUUUAUUUAAUUGGAGUUUUAACAUCCACCUUUCAUUCAUUUCUUUUACAGUUGGUAAACUCCAUCGCCAAAACAUAUGUGGGAACUAAUGCAUACAUGGCGGUAAGUUGACCCUUUUAAUUUGGCUUCAUGGAGUAAAUAUAAUAUUUGAUCAACAACUGUUGAUGACGGUUAAUUCAUGAGAGGUGUGUUUGUUUGCUUUUCAGCCUGAGAGGAUAUCAGGGGAACAGUAUGGUAUCCACGCAGACGUCUGGAGUGUGGGGAUCUCUUUCAUGGAGGUACGACACUUCAUAAAUUGGUUAUUGCUGGGAAGAAAAUGCAUUGAGUUCACAGUGAGAUUGCAGCUAAUUUUAUUUGACAUUUUAAGAUGAAUAACUUGAAAUGAAUAAGGUUGUGUUUUCUCUCUGCCUGUUGCUCAUUUGGUCCCUUCAUAUGGGAUCUUCCUCUUUGAGAGGAAUCCAUAGGGACAGCCUCCUUUAGCACUUUUCACAGGACAUUUUCUAACAGCUGACAUAGGUGGACAGAGUAAUAAAACAGUGGAGGACACAUUACUUGACAUUAUGUAGAUGCAAAGGGUUGUUAUCGAAGUGAUACGCUUCCUCAUCUCUUCUUUUUUUUAUUUUGUCUUUGCAUUUUCAAACUACUUUGGUGUUGCCUAUUAUUAGAAGACCGAUAAACUGAACACCAGAAUAACCAUGUAUUUGACUUAGUACAAAAUGGCAAAAACUGAGACGUAUUGGAUGCAUAUUGCUUUUUGUGAACAUGAUACUAAGCAUCUGUAUCCCUGUCCGAGUCCACUUAAAGUGUUGAUCGAGCGCUUGACCGACACCCUGCGAUUACAAAUAACAUUUUAAUUUCUGUAUAACCCUCCCCUGGUCUUUUGUCCUUCCACCGGCGUUAUUGAUUCUCCAUCUGUGUGUGUCUGUCUUCAGCGCUCCCUCUUCAGUAUAACAAAUGAAUUGGACUUCUGCCUCUCCCAUAUUUGUCAAUAAUGUUUAAUAUCAUUACAAUAAUAACAAUAACAGAUGAUAUCACAAGGAUGGAGCCCUGUCAGAAUUAUUGACAAGCUCUCUGUGUGAUAAAGAUUAAGUCUUAUAGAGAUAGACCUUCUGCCUGUCCUCUUUAGUUGAAGCUGUUGAUGUGUACAUUAAGCUAAAUGAAAUGGCUUUGUAGCCCCUCUCACUAUGGAUUGAUCUUUAUCCUACUAGUUGGUCUAUCUAUGUCCAAGGAAAGACUCUGCUUCUUUUGACACAUUAAUAACAUAAUGUUGCCAAUAAGCUGGGCAGCUGCCCUUGACCAGGAUGAAAAAUACCCACCCAAAGUGAAUUGCCAAAUGUCAGGGAGAGCUGUCACCCACCCCCCAGCUAAAAUAACACACACACACACCAGCAUCCCACAAUCCCCCUGUCCUUCCCUUUUAUCCCCCCAUUUUGUCCUCUGCAGGUGGUAAUCGUGGGGGGGUUAUUAACUAAUAGCUGAUGUUGUUUGAUGAGGAAGUGUUAUCAGCAGGUGGGCACAAAGCUUACCUCAAAGACUGAAAGUCUCAAGUUCUGCAUGCUUCACUUGCGUACGCAGAAUUUUCCCUAUUUGUUGACACACAAAUUCAAUUUAAAUUGGACAAUUACACUUAAAUGGUGCAUUUGGAUUAAAUUGCAUGUACGAUGUAUACGGUGCAUUACAUUUUGAUAGCCAUUGUAAUGGAAACAAAUCCAGCUUCUACAGAGUUUUUAUUUUUGUGGAUUACAGUUUUUACUGCUGCAGCUGCACCAUUUCUUCUUCUGUUAUCACGGCUGCCUGUAUUAUAUUGUCAAGGACAUACGCUGUCCACACACGCAAACACACACGGUAUCUAUUUGGGGGGUGGGACAUAAAAUGAGACAAAGCCGAAAAUAUAAACUUGAUGGAGUAGCCAAAUUUAUGCUUUAUGGAAUUUGUUUAACAGCAAACUUACUGAAAUUACCGAACAUGUCUGAAAAAGCAUUUCUCUUUUCUGCACAGUUGGCAUUAGGGAUGUUCCCGUAUCCGCAGGUGAGUCAUUUUUUUUAAUAUAUUUUUGAUUUUAAUUUUUGUUAUCCUCCACAUAUUCAUUGAGCAAAUGUGUUAUUCUCCCAAAAGUGGUUUUAACUAAAAACUGAAAAUAAGACCACAUCUAUUUUUACCAUAAAAACCUUAAGAAGAACUUUAGAACACUUUAUGUCUUCUGAAAAAAAUAAAUCUGUUGCUCUAACAGGGCCCCUGAUGAAAAUGUGGUUUUGUGCAUCUGUGAAAUGGCAAUUUUUCACAAAUGAUUUUGUGAAAGAGUUUCUCAUUUUUAUUUUCUGAACCAAGAUUUUAUUAUUUUUAAAUGUUCUAAAUUUAACAGUUUUUCAUUUAUGCAAUCAGGUUUUGUAAUGAUUCCAAAACUCAGUUUCAUCCCAAAGUACUUGUAAUAAUUCUUAGAAAUGCCUUCCUAUUAAUCCAGGCACUAAUAAUGAAUUAAGACCCAUAAUAAGAUUAAGAUGUGGACCUCAAUUAUCAUUUUUCUGUCAUCUCUAUUACUCCCUUGAUUAAAUGUUCAUUAUUGAUAAACCAAUUGUAAUGUGGAAAUGCACUAGUUGUAUUCAUUUUUUUCCCCUCAUUACACUAAGUUAAAAUCCUGCUCAAAUGUAAUUGCCGAACACAGAAGUGACUUCACAAUCCCAUCAAGUCUUAAUUAGCCCUUUUAAGAUGGGUUUAUCUCACUAAUCCCUAGCUGAGCAAUCUAAAUCUGGUUACCUUAGGUUACCUCCUGUCCGCCCUGCUUUACAAACUGUGAAGGCACGCAUUUUAUCUAAUGAAAAGUUUGCUCUCUCACAACUACACUUUGAUUGGUGGCAAAUCAUCCCCACGAAUUGAUUCAGUUAUCGAAAGGGUUUGAAUUAUAACUUUGAAAUAGUCAGCCGCUCAGACUGCGUGCAACUGUACUUGUUAUUUACGACUCGACGGCUCUAUUAGUCGAAGGAAAUUGCAGUUAAACAAAGAGGCAAAGUGUGAUGUAACCACUUUAAUCUGCCCAGGGUUACUGUGUUAGUGACUGCUUGCUUUCAGCAUAGUGACUGUUUAUCCUGGCAAAAAUAAGUUAGCUAACUAAACAAUUGAGCUUAAUCGCAUACAGACUGUCUCUACCUCUACAAGAUAGCUGUUACUGAUAGAUACCUCAGUUUGAAGAUGUAAUCCUCUUAGUGUUAUAAAUUAUGUACUGAGAGAAAUCCAAAUGUUUGUGACAAGUAUUAAUUCAGCACCUUGCUCAACAGCAAAGCACCAUCUGUGAAGCAGACUCGUGUUACGGUGUAGCUAUCCUCUUAUUUUCUGUGUCGAUCAUUAAUUCUUGGGCCGUGAUUUAAAAGCAUUUGAAAACCUUUGUGCGUGGUAGAGAGGUGUUUAUACCAACCUCAAAUUAGAUGGUGAUGUAAAUGUCACACAAUGAUCAAUCUGUUACUCUGCAUGUGUAUGACGACAGCCUGGGGCGUGUCUGAUUUUUGAUUGUAGUUCUUGCUUUCGUUUAAUGCCUCCAUUAUCAUGUUAAUUGUGAGUGUAGUUCUGCAAAUGGACGGUAAUUUACUCUACACUCAUUGAUAUAAAUAGGGUAUAGCAAAUAUUAGAGACACCUCUUAGUUUAUAGAUUUGUCUCUCCACUAUUACGCAGCUUUCCUCAUCUCAGUGUUAAUUUUCCCCUAACUCCAUAUGGUGCUGCAGACACUUCACCUGCAGGCUGUAGCAGAGCGGUGCGGCGAGAGCGCUCAGAUCCAGCUUGUCAGGCGCAGCCAGCCAAAGUCCUGGGGCCUAAGCUGUCAUUUUUGCAGACGCUGGCACAGCUGUCUGUGCAAAACCCCCUGCUGCACUUCACUGAGAACAUUUUAGUACAGACUGAGGGAGAAGUUAGAAAAAAAUAAGAGAGUUUAUAGGAAAAUCAGCUGCUGCCUAGUUCCCAGUGUGUCUGUUCUGUUGGCUUACUCUCUUUGCACUGUUUAAGAAAGUCAUCUUCAUUUUUUUUCCACAACUGCAUCUGGAGAUUACAUGUAAAUUGAGUAGCAUGUCACAUCAUACAGAAAGCAUGCUGUUGUUAGUAAACGACAUUAGUUGAAACCAGCUACAGAUUUCAGUUGAAGAGGGAGGUAUCCAGUCAAAGUGUAUUGAUAUGGGGGGAUUUGAGUUUUUCUGCAGAGAUUUAAUUCAGAAUAAACAGGUGAGCGAGGGAAGAGAUAUGAGGUGACCAUCUACUCUUAAAUGAAACAGUUACGGUGCUGUUCUGAGAAUGAGAAUGCUAAAAUGGGUUGGCCCGCCCAGUAAAAAUGUAGUUUAGACUAUAGACGAGUGGACAGAUGAAGUUUUUGAGAUGAUUUUUACCUUUAAAAAGAUAUUUAAAGCAUUCCUUUGUUUUCAACCUUUUCAUUAAGUGUGAGUGCGCAUGCUGGCCUGUGGCUUAUAUUUGUGGACAAGUAGUUGAUGCAUUAUCUCUUUCACUCCUUUGUGUGUCUGUGUGCACACACAGUGGAAUCAUCACUUCAUGUUCGUCAUGACUAGAGAUGGUGUCUUUAAUUCCACUUCACCACAUGUCGGGAUUCAUUUGCGUCCUUUGUCAGGAGUUAAUGGAGUUUUUGCACGGCUCGCUCUGAAAGUCUUUGAAGACACCAGACCUGAUUUGAUGUGUAUACAGCCGCCAGCAGUAUUGCUUCUGAUUGAUUCUUUGUCUUUUGUUUGUUCCAUAGUUUUUGCUUCACAAUUUUAUCAUUUUUUUCCCCUCAAAUCUGAAUUUACUCCAGGAUGAAAUAUCAUAUCACUUCUUUUAUGUGUAUGUUUCAGGAGCUUCCAUUACACAUCACUGCAUCCAUCAAAAACAGCAGAGACACCUCCAGUUAUUUGUUUUUUCAUGCCAGAUGCAAAAUGUUGUAAACAGGGUUUUCUGUACCAGCUCCAAACAUACACUUUGUUUGACUGUUUUUUUAUUAGUUAAAAUUCUGUUAAAGACUUUAAGACUCUUCUUAAGCUUCAUACAUUAUUAGUGAAAUGAUUCGAAACAUAUUUUCCCUUUCUUCUGAAUCAAACGUACUGAGAGUCUUGCUACACCUCCGUCAUUUGAUACCAUACUUAGUAAUGUCACCAAAAUUUUACUUGUGUGCGUCUUUUAGGUGAUAGAUUUAUUUGAACAUAUACUUUAGCUCAGUCUUACACAUCAGCAAAUCGAUUCUUCAUCGGUAUUUGCUUAUCUUUAUCUGGGAGUUUUACUGAUCCAGGCUGAGGAUGAAGGCUGUCAACAAGAAGGAGAUCAGAGGAAACUGGGUUGUUUUUAAUAGCUUGUAAUUUUCAGCAGACACAUCUGAAGCUAACAACAAAAAAGAGCCCCCACCAUCACCCCCUAUCUUUUGGUGUUACCCCUUUGGUAGGAGACCUUCUUUUAAGUGUUUCUGGAGUUGAUCCAAAAGACGGAACAGAAACCUGAAAAUAAAUUAGUGACUGUUAAUUUUCACCCUUUGAUAUUUUCAUGUAAUGGUUGAAGGUUGCCGUGGCUCUUAUUGACAUGGAUUUGCGUCUCAAGAAGACAAGACGAUGACGGGCUCACUUGUCAAACAUCAGUUUGUUCUUUGUAGAUCAGGUGUCAGAAAAUGGUUUGAAGGAAUGUAUAAUUGGAGAGUCUUUCUGAAGUAUAAAUGUUAUAUUAAACAAUGCUCACCCUCAGGACAAACAUCGUGAUAAUAUGUCUACUAGAUAAUCAGCCAACAGUGAUGAGACUCCUUUAAGAGGGAAAGAUAAGGAGGGAUUACCAAAGCUGUCUUUCUGUUCUGUGGUCAAGCUACCUAGUACAAGAAGAAUAAGUGCUCAAUUAUGCUUGAAUAAGUUUGUCUCCCACUAUCCAAUUUCAACCCCUGGAGCAGCACGCAAUUUUGUCCUAGUAAUUAUUUCUGAACAAAUUAGUUUUCCAUAGUUGCCUUUAAUGUGUCUGAAUCAGGCAAAACUGGAUAUAAAGGCGGUUUAGGAGCCCCUUGGUAUUGGCAGAGUGGGAAACCCUGUAUUUAAUUGAGUGAAUCAAUAAGUGCUCUAAUGCACUGUCAAAAGACUGAGAGAAAUGAGCAAUUUAUUUACCAAACAGUAUUAGACUUUUAGCUGAGCUGAUGUUUCAGGCCUUCAAUCUUUUAGUCUGUAUGAUAGAGUCAUUAACUCGGCUCUGGAGGAUAUGGAACUGAUUGUGAAGGUUUCAGUACUGAUGGUUUUAAUUGGGUAACUCAAAUAUUUCAUGUGGUUCCGCCAUGGUGCCAUUUUUAAACACUAUCAAGUAUCAUGGUGUUGAUCUUUUGUGUUGAGCAUGCUUUUCUAAAUUCUGCUCUUUAAAAGGUUUUAACUGUUGUAUAAUUCUUUUACUGUUAAAUUGAUUUUAAGCUUGAUUUAAACACUGCUAUCCAAGCAUUGACUAUUUUUAAUGUGUUUUAUCCCCAUCUGCUUUUAUUCCUUUUUUCCCGGCUUAAAUUUAUCUAUUUAUCUAUUUAUAAUUCUGCUGUCAUCAUAAAUGUAUGUGACAUGCCAUGUUUUGACCUCAUUGUUUUGUUGCACCUGUGAAAUUGAGUAUGUUCAUUCCAAAGCCGGCUCAUAUUGUUUGUAACAGUUACUCUACAGCCUAGCACACCCGGAUAACCUGCAGGGCAGGAAUAAAGUACCACUCUGAAAAUAAGCAUUAGUGGAUUUUACCCCCAUUCUCCACAAAUGAGAGCAAGGCCAUUAACAUUUGUGUGUUUUCAUUAUGUAAAUGGUGUUAACGCAUACUCACAAAUUGCCAACAGGAAAGCAAUAAUUUUCUCCCAGUGAUCAUAAUGUGUCCAAGUGCAUCAUCUUGAUUAUGACACGCUAAUUACAUAUUGCCUCGUCCCGUCUUCUCUGUCUUGCCCUACAGAUCCAGAAAAACCAAGGAUCUUUAAUGGUAAGUUUUAUUGCAUUAGAAUAGCAGAAAAGAAAAUAGGUCUCCCACACUAUAGCCUGUUACUCAUGGUUGGCUUUCUCAUUUGGGGGGAAAAAAACUCAAAUUGCAUUUUUGCAAUGAAAUAUUAGAUCAUGCUUAAACUGCUUGUGUUACAUUAGGUGCCAUUAUGAAAUAAUAAAAAACUUAAAGGAGCUGAAGGAUGGCUUUGCCCGAGCUUGCUGCAUUUGAUUAAUCUAAGUAGAUACUUUUUAUCACACUAUUGAUUUUCCUUAUUGCCAGGAAAUUUCAUGUGUGCUAACAUUUUUCCUUCAUCUGUGUUUCUCCACUCCCAGCCUCUCCAGUUACUGCAAUGCAUCGUUGAUGAGGUGAGUCGUCGUCUUAUGUGCUUUUGCAUCUAAAGUCAGUCCUAAUGGUCCGGAAAGCUUAUAUUUUGUUUCCUAAUGAAGCAAACCACUCAGGCGGCUUUGCUCCCCACUCACUCAGCCCUUCACCCCGUGAAACUGCCUCCGGCAACACACAUAUGCACCCGCACAUUACCGCAGAGGUUGGACCUGUCAUGAGUGACACACACAGCAACACAGCUCUGAAUUGUGUCUACAACAGUGACAGUAUGAAAGCCGAUAAGAAUAUGUUUAAACAGGACUUUUCUCAAGACUCCACUGGAUAUGUUUCUUUAUAUAAAGGCGUGAUACAAAAACCCAGUUUAGGAGUUUAGUUUUUGUAUUACACAUGAGUACUAAGGAGAAAUGAUCAGGACUGGUCCUUCAAAAACUGUUUUAUUUUACUAUAAUCAAGUAAAAUAUUGAAAAUAUCUGUAUGAAGCAAACACCAGCCCACACAACAAUAUCAAUUAUUUCUUUUCCCCAAAACACACAAUUUAUCACAAGUGAAACUGAAACAACCUAGCAUACCCUCAGCUGAGUAUGGGUCUAAAGCACUGUGUCUGUGUUUAUGUGAACGUGUAGACUCACAUGUUCCCACAUUUUCAUUGAAAGCAGCCACCAUCAGCACACUGAGAUGUAAAAAAAAAGAAAAAAACACUACACCUCUGUAGCCUGAACUAGCCCCCCAAACCGCAUCACCAGCCAUAUCAGUCAUUAAAGAUACAAUGUCACUUGUCUUUAACUGUCUAUAGAUAGGCCUUAAUUAAUAAUUAAAUGCUUUUGGGUUGUAAUGGAUUGACCCGAGCUGAACUGUUCAUUAGUCAGCUCGACGGAGGCAUCACUCAAACUAUUUUUUUCCGUGCCUUGUCCUGUCCCUCCCUUCAGGGCAAGAGAACAGUUUUUUUGUGUCCCCAGUGGGCCAGCACUUCCUGACUGUCCCAGCUAAAGCAAUGUUUUAGAGAGAGAGAGAGAGAGACAAGAAUAUCUGCACUGUUUGGAAAGGAGAGUUGUUAAGAGAGGAUUUAAAGGUUUAAUGAUGGAUGUAUGAUGGAUUAUCCAGAAGAGUGCUUUACCUGGUGAAUGUAGGUUGUUGCCAGUCUGGGACCUACUGCACUUUGUUUACUUCUGCACAGAUAUUUGUCAGAAAGCUAAUGGAGAUUUUCUUUUUUAACAAUGUUCAUUUGAUUCUUUGUCAGUAGGUCUUUGUUCAGUGGUUGUUCUAUUCCCUCACAGGAAUGCAGUAAUAUACACACUAAUAAUGAAACAAAAUAUAUUUUAAAUUACUUUUGUUAUUGAGAAGUUUUUAAAUUUAGAUACAUUUUCUCAGUAAUGAGACUUAAGUGAUAACUGAUAAAUGGAAAACUAUUGAGUGAUUUCAAUAAGAAAUCUGGUACCAAACUGACCUUGUAUUAAUAGUCAUUUUUGUUGAUCUCAGGUUUGCAUUUGACUAAAAUUUACAGUUUUACUUUUAUUUACAUUUUGUUUCUAGUUAUGCCAUGUCUACAUUUUUUUGCAUACGGCAGUGAAGCUUCUUCUGUCGCAUGUAGGUCUGUGGAGUUCCCCAAGGCUCCAUCUGUGACCCAUGGCUGUUCUGUGUCUACGUCCUGUCUUAAGGACUAAAACACAGAAGUCUGUAUAUUUGUAAUGGGUGCCGGCCUCUUCCAAACUUCUCCAGCUAAAUGAAAGAAAUUGUGUAUCACUCUUUAUGAUCUCCACCCUCAUUUGGAAAAGCACUUUGUCUGUACAGUCGCAAAUCUUGUGUGGCAAUUAGAGUAAACAUACAUUAGAAAAACGAAGUACAAAAUUCGUUCUGUGAUGUCUUUGUCAAAUGAGAAGUAUCUUAUAUCAAGCAUUUAGAUUAUUUUUAUUUCAUGAAUAAUGAGUUGUGUAAGUAUGAAAGGCAUUUAGCUGCAAUGAAACACAACUGCACACCAUUUAAGAAAUGUCAGAGGGCAAAAUAAAGUCAGCCGGGUCUUUCCUUUCGACACAGGUUACCACUAAGCAUCAGAAUUUAUUUUGUAACUGGACUAACUCUCUGCAAAAUAACAUUAUGGCUAGUUUUCUAGAUUGGCCCGAAUUGCUGCUUCUCUGUUUGCCAGAGUACUUUCUCAGGUCCUCCAGCAGGGCUUCAGAGGUUUAGUCUUAAGUACCAGCUGAAGAAGAAAGACAACUGAGCUUCAGCAGUCAUGGACCAUCGGCUCUCAAACCUUCUGUUUGAUGAUUUUAGGCUUGCAGAAGCAGUGACCUCUUGUAAAUCAUAUCUACACCAUAUGUCUUUUAAACAAGUUUAUAGACACGUUUACGUCUGAUUUUGAUCAUGAACAACUUGUAGAGCUAAAAGCUGUAAAUGAGCUCUUUGAGUUGUCUUUUUGUUUGUCUUGUUAAUAGAUACUACUGUGAGUGAAUUUGAAUGAACUUAACCCAAUUAGGCCUGGCACACCCAACAUGAAAAUAAUGGCAGGUGCGAAAAAUGAUGCCCCACUCACUGACAUUUAGUAGCUAUUACCUGUUCGUACAGAGUGUAAAUGUGAUCCAAAUACAUUUAACUUCCUCAGGUUGUGGUUCUCUAAUAUCAUGCAGUAUAUAUCCACCAGAGAUUUGAAAGUUGCUUUAACAGCUGAAUGACUAAUAGCCUCCUGUGAGUGGAUCAUUAAUAUUAUUGCAGCUUCAAGUUUUAUGCUCAGGAGGGGGUGGGAUGUGACAGUCUGCCUCUCUUUUUCCUUCUCUGCCUCACAGUAAGACAUAGCUAAGAAAGACCCAUCCGAGAGAUUGGAGUCUCCUGCGCUCAGAAUAAAGACCACAUAAAAAAUCAGGGACAGCAUCAGGUUAAACUAUUGAUUAAAGCAUUCAGAAAGGUCCGUAACAUUUAUUUCAGUCUCCGAAUAAAUGUGACUGAACACAUAAAAAGUAGUCCAUCAGAGAUUAAGUAAUAAUUUUUUAUUUUGCAAGGAGAGUGGCCUCGAAAAUCAUGAAAUAACUUGAAUCGUAAUAGAAACUUCAACUUAUUGAACUUGAGUUUUUGGAGUGGAGAAGUCAUAUUUGUUGUUAAGAAAAGGCACAUGGCUCAAUUUGCAUGUCAGUUUUCACCUGUUGUUGAAUAGUCAGUGAGCCAAGAUGUGAUUAAAAUUGUUGCCGUCUUGGUAUAACAUGGUCAGGAUCCUACAAAAUUCAAAUUGGGGUUGAUUACACUAACAUGCUUAUAUCGUGAGUCUAGUUCUUGUUUUUCUGUGGUUGUUUCCACCAUCUGUCUGCUGUCCACCCUCAUUAAUGUGCCUCUCUCUUCCAUUUGUUUGAAUAGCAAGUGGCUGCACUAAUAAAGAACUCCCACUUUAUUUUCAAGCCUGUAAUUACUGAUCUAAUUUUGCCUAAUAAUUGCUUCAUGGCAAUCACAUGUAUAUUUACCCGUACCCUUGUACCCUUCGAGUGUGUGUUCUGUCUCAUAGCGUAGCCCGUUGACAACCAGCAGAAUAAUUCACUCAGGCUCGCCACUUUCAUCAGCCUGCUUGUCUUUUGUGCCAUCGCCUGCUGCCACAUCAAAGCUGCAGCAGUGUUGCUCUCAGCUGGAGACAUGAAUACAUGCAUAAAUGUGUGUGUUUGUGUCUGCAGAAAGGUGCAUGUGCAUGCAAAUAUGCGGGGAAAGUGCAGAGGGAGAUUCUGCUCCGAUUUAGCUUACACAACACAUGAAUUAGUUGUGUUGUCAACAUUUUUGCUCAAACUGCUUGAUCGUUUGUGUGUAUCUAGGUGUGUGUGUGUAGGUGUGUUUACCAUAGUACAGUGGUUGCAAAUUAUUUGGUACUCUCCCUCAAAACCGAGUGUACACCCAGGCUUGUGGUGUGCAGUGCUCAAGGGCAUUUGUUUGUGCAUGCCUGUGUGUGUGUGUAUGGGCUAUGAUAUAUUGCUCAUCCAAGCGGCGGCAGAACUGUGAAGUGCAGUGAGAUUAGAGGAGAACCCAUUCCUUUGUUAAUUUAAAUGGGUUCAUGCAUCAUGCUUUGCAGGAGCCUGCCGAUCAGAGCAUUGAGGAAUGGCGAACACUGCCCAGAGGUGUUUUUAAUGGCACAGCAGGGCUUCAGAUGUAAAGAGGUGUAAUUCCCUGCAUUUGAAUAAAUGCCUGGUUGUGGACUGAGGCUUUAUGAUGUUUGUGUGCUUAGAAGUAUAGGUGUUCAUGUCUUUGUCGAUAUCAGUGGCUGUCACCAUGCAUGUUUUAAACCUUCAAGACUUUUGCCUUUACCUUAAAGUGAACUUACUUUUCAUAUUUCUGAUAGUACUCUCUGCUCAUAAGGUAAAAAUACCUGGUAAUCUAGCUGUUAGUUGUCAGGAGUGGGGUUGUCUAUUUUGACAGUUUCAACUAAUACAUAUAGAGCAUUUUCUGCAGUAUAUUUCAACAAGAAUAAAUUAAUUUCAGUGAAACAAUAGAGUAAAUAUCCAGCUUAAAAUCAGUCAGCAACCCAUGGAACCCCAACAAUUAUUGAUACCUGCCUGCUGUGUAUUUGUUUUUGUACAGUUGUAGAUCUAUUUUCAGUUGUGCUGCUUUUUAGAAAAUGAGGAAAGUUCAGGUCCAUUGAUUUGGGAUAAAAUUGUGUUUGGAAAGCAAUUUUAUCCUAAUUCAUUUUUUCUGCAAGGUUGUGGAAGGUCAGAGUAACUGUAAAUAUUAGAAGGUUUUUAUGCCAACAGCCAAAGGUAAUGAAGGAAGCAGAGAAUGAGUAGGGAAAUAGAUGGAGUAAUGAGGUGAGGGGCAGUAAUAGAGGGUCACUCUAGGGCAGCUCUUUUACGAGACACGCUUCAUAGGACCUCCACUGACAACAUGAAACAGCUCUGAUACACACACAUGCAAACAUACACACAAGUGAACUGAGGAAAUUUUUUUUCAAUUUCGUUGAAGUUCAAGUUUGGACAUCAACUGAACUUGUAGGUGUCAAGACAAUUACUCUUUCCCAAGCCUUAGACCGCAAAAUCCAAACAAAAUAAAUAAAAAAUAAAACGACAGUAGUAGAAAAGAAAAACACCACUAGCGCACAGUACAAAGCACUCUCAGAUUCUACCACUGAGUGAGACAGUGAUUGCGUCUUUGUCCAGCACCGAGUGUGACAAAAACACAAUGAUGAAAAAGGGAAAAAAAUGGAAUUAGACUCGGGUUCACAUAUGUAGCCUUUGUAUGAGCUGAGCUUUAACUCAGCUUUCAAUAGUUUAAUUACCCUAUUUUUAUCCAAGUACACCUUCAGGUAUCUCUUGACAUUGGUGGUAUUUUAAAGCCUCUAAGGCUGAUUCUUCCAACAGCACCGUGGUUCACACGCACAUACUCCUCUUUUUCCUUCCCUAGCGUUCUACUUUGAGUAAGGACAGUCCAUUUAUCUUCCAUUUCCCAUCAAGUCUCAGAAUCUUUUCUGCAUUUUUUCAACCAGCCUCAGAAAGCAUUGGCAGUGUGAGCUCCAAAGCCAGGGUUAGAUGUUUAAAUAGAUCCCUUUAAAUUAAAACACCUUAAUUUGAAGCUAUUUUAAGUCCAAAUGUCAAUAUUUUAGCGAAAGUACCAAAAAAAUAUGACCACCAAGUCUUAAAAUGUUGUUUUUUUUAAUGUUCUUUCUCCUCACAGGAUCCUCCAGUUCUCCCUGUUGGACAGUUCACUGAAAAGUUUGUUCACUUCAUCACACAGUGGUGAGUUCCUUGCAGCUGUAUUUUUAAUACACUUUGGUACUAUAAAUACAGACUUAACCCUCUAAAAUCUCAUAUGGAGUUUCAUUUGUUUUUAAAGGCUUUCAGGCCCUGUGGUGCGCUUAUUUGGGGAUUGUGUUUGUCAAACAAAACCAAGUCAACCAUUAAACCCUCACAGAGCCAGAUUGAACAACAACUAGGGUCACAAGCUACAUUCAAAAUAGAUCAACCAAAUUUUAAUGGUAUUUACAGUGAACAAUGGAUUGAAGAGCGUGUGUAUUUGAAUGCAUUGUGGUUGAAAUUGUCAAAUUGCCAAUUUUUCUUCAAGGACUGAUUGAUUUAUCAAAUGCAUUUGGACAAAGACAAUAUUUACCCUUUCUUUGCCUCUGAUGCAUUAUCCUCUUGAAACCUUUACAGUUAAACUAGCAUCAACAUACACACCCAAACCACAUGUAAGCAGUGUGUGUGUGCGGCUGGCUUUAGCAGCUGUUGUUUAUCCACCCUGCCUGCUUUAGUCAAACAAGGCACCUCUCUCUCAGGACAAACUGAUGCACUGGUGUCCUACUCUGCCUUGGUUCAGCGCUGGCACCGUCUUUACCUUGGUUUUCUUCCAGGGGAGUAUAAACAAAUGAAACGUCUAUCCCUCUCUAAAUCCUCAGAGCCCCCAGUGUGCCUCACUCUGACAGAUUGUGCAUGUCUAUACACAAAGAAACACUCCUACAUAAAUCCACUGAACCAGUGAUGUUCCUGCUUUAACUGGUGUUUUCUGAUUAAUAAAAAAAUAAUUGAAAUAAGAAAUAUUAAUUAAAUGGCUUUUUGAAAUAAAUGUACUGUAUUGUUCAGCUAUAGAGCCUUUUCAUCUAUUAACGUUUACCUUCUGUUUCUGGGUCAUGAAAGUUCAUUUAUCACGCCUUCUCUUGAAUCGUCAUGUAUAAUUGGAAAUUAAGUGAUUCAAAUUAAAGUUAGAACAAAAAAAUGUGUUGUACACUCAAACAUCGUCUGAAUAGUGUCUGGGUAUUGACUUGUAUUUUUUUUUUAUUUCAGUAUGCGGCGGCAACCCAAAGAGAGGCCUGCCCCUAAUAACCUCAUGGUAAGUUAAACCAAGCCUUCCAUUAACCGACUCCAAGGACCACAAAAUAAAAGUUUUGAAUAACUGCACACAGAGGGUAAUCAUACUUAUACAUUCCAAUGAAUUUUCAAUUAAACAUUAUUUUUAUUACCUCUGUAGUUUUUCAAGUACACAAUUGUAUUUUACGCAAUGAUUGAGGUCAUUUGGGUCAAGGACCCUUGAAGUUUGUUUUUCUGUGUGGGAACAGCAUUAAUGAACUUUAUUUUACUAAUGAAAAGAGUCAGAGAGCUCAGAAAGAUAACCUUGAAUUAUGAUUGAAAUGUACUUCAGCCAUAAUUCCAUUUCCCUGGAUUGGCAUGCAGUGUGUAUGAAUUGGGCCCAGCUGUUGAACAACAGUUGAAUAUUUCUAGUUUACAGAAAAAAGUUUUAUAGUUUAAUGAAAAUUUGAUUGAGGGACAAAAGGAAAUGAUUUUAUGUGCUUGUGUGUGUGUUUGUGUGUACCUGACUGUAUUUGUGCAAGUAACAUUUAAAAAUUUGCCAAUUACCACAGUCAUUACUGCCGUAUUUCCCUGAGCUCAAACGAAUUGAUUUCAUAGUUGUAGAAGUUUUCUUGUAGUGUGACCUCAAAUUUUCUCUGGUAAAUGGCAACAGGAGGAGAGCCUCUCUGUUUGUUUAAACAAAUGUGCAUCACCGGGUCUUUUUACUUUUAUAUCUUGUUAGUCUUGUAUUGUCAUCACUUUGUUUUUAUUUUGUUUGUUGACAUUUCACAAAGAAUUCCGGCAAGUUGAAUUUAAGUAAAAUACGGAAGCGAUUCCUGGUAUGAGGAGCUGUAAAGAUUUGUUUUUCAGAAAAGGACUUUGAUUUGUCAAAUAGUGAAUUCAAAUGAACUGCCUUCAGCCCCUUCCGACAGGGAUUUUCUCUUUUUUACACAAGGCCCUGGGAGUUUGCACAAACUGCCUUUUAAGAGUUGCAACAUGGUCUAGUUUCUGUGUUAGGACCAAGGACAGCGACCGUGACAUCCACAGGGAGAGGAGGGGUGAAGGUGUGUUUGUUGGGUGGUUGGGGGUGGAAGGUGUAAAUGCAGAGCUGCUAACAGUUCACAUGUUCUCAGUCUCACACCAGAAAGGAGGAGUAAAGAGAAAUGUUGUCUAGACACUCAGUGGGAAGUCCAGCCUCUAGACUUGAGUGUUUCUCUCAAGGGAGAGACCAGGCUCAGCAGAUUUUGGGUUGUGCGGUUGGUUUUGCGCUCCUUUGAAUAAAACUUUUAUUGUUUUUGUCGAGUGCUCUCGACAUUAAUCAUUUAUCCUGUAAGUCUGAUCUCAUAACAGUUCUAGUGGAGAAGAUCAAUAAAAUAAACUUUACCUUUGCUUUAUUUAGUCUGUCUGCAAUGCCCAGGGAACAUACCUUUCAGCAAUUUGAAGGAGGGUAUAGAUAUUCUCAGAGAGGCGUGGAUCAUGUGUCGGUAGCACAGGGCUAUUUCCUGGUGGCCUGAGAGUCUAUUUGACCUGGAGUGAGCAGUUGGUACAAACUCUCAGAAUGCAUACAUCAUCAUAUUCAAGUGCACCUCGAGCUUGUUUUUUUUUGUGCUCAGUUCAGGUUGCAACUGCAAACCGUGACAUCUUGGUUACUUGCAGUGCACAAAGCAACCAUCUACUCGCUGCUUCUUCACUGAUGUUCCUUCCUUUCCAUGGAAAAAGGAAAGGUGGAGCAGGGAGGGAGUGGAUUUGAUGUAGGAAGAUCUUAGCUAAAGAUGCAGCGAAUGGCAGCAUGAUGAAUAAUGUGGUUGCAGGUCAGGACCCAGAUUAGUGUACACAUACCCAGCAUGGCUAGCUAAGCAGUAACAGUGUGAAAAGACAGCCUGUAAGCCACACAGUAAGGAAAUCUCUCUGCUGGUGAGUUAAAUCAUGGAUCAAUGAGUGCAACAGGGCGAUCAUGUAACAUUGAAAGCAGUGUGUUUUCACCUGUCAGAAAUGGUAAGGGCUGCUGUAAAUGUAUACAUACUCAAGCCCACAGCUAAUUAAUGACCCACAGUAGUUUGACCAUUAUGUUACCUGCCCAGUAACGGCUUUGUAAUAGUCCAGUGGAUACAAGUCAACCUACGCAAGACGUGGUUCAUGUGGACAGGGUGGCCAAGGAUGGACUCCAGUCCGCCCAUGCUGGAGUCCAUUUUUUCUUCUUCAUAUUAAAAGUUCAGUACAACACAAAUAAUGGAAGACCAAGGAUUACAGCCGGUGGUCCAUUGAAACCAUGUUCAGCCUCUCUGUUUGGCUCUUAAUUAGACACACAGUCCCAUCAUCAGUCUGAUCAGCGUUGUUUGGAUCCCAGUUUUGAAUGCAGUCAUUGGACUGUUCUGUGGGACUGAAUUGCCAAAACGACUCCUGUAAAGACGUCUUUCCUCUCACUCUGCCCUACAUUCCUACUUUGCCCCACUUUCUUCAUAUUCACUGUGAUCCCUGUGCUAUUUUCCAAACAUUCGCAGUACUUCCUCUCUUUUUUUCUUUUCCCACUUUCUGUCCAUCAGUCUCAUUUUUCCUGUACCUAUAUUUUUUGUCCUCUUGCAGGCCUUUCAUUUCUCCCUCUGUCUCAGUGAACUGAGAUGUAAGGUCAUGGAUGCCUGCCUUUGUGGCUCCCGCCUGCUGAUUGUCUUUCUUGCUUUCCCUUCUCAUUCCCUCUUUCUCCCCACUCUCCUCUCCCUCUCUCUGCCUCCCAGUUCCCCCAGCCUCCUGAGUACAUUAAAACUCUUUACCUAUUCUAUCUGUAUGUUAAUGCAGCGAGCCACAGCACCCCCUUUCCUCCUCUCUCACUCUGGUGUAUAGAAAGUGCCACCAUUUGCUUUGGUUUUUAUCUCUGCAACUCAUUUCUCCUGAAAGAUAAUGCAGGGAAUCACAUAAUAGUACAGACACUGAGCCAAUAAUGUUGUUUUAUGACCAUUCAAACUCACCUUGUCGCUCGAGUUUGCUCAUCAGGUUUCAGCGUGUGGUUUCUCUAAUCACUGGUAUAGCUUUUACUGAUGUUAUUUUCUCAGGGAUUUAUCCUAUUAGAGGUUCUUUAAAGGGGCUGCUGUUUGAUUGCAUCCCUGCUCUUGAUGGGUUCCCCCCCUGAAGCUUUACACGAUGCGAUAUAACUACUUGUUCAAGGGGUUUUGUGCAUAAUAUCAAUAUUUAGUCCUGUUUGACUCAACUUUUAAAACCCUAAAAGUAAAGCCUUUUCUUAGACCCAAGGGUAUGAGAAAUUUGUCACAUAAAACAUUUGGUACGUGAACAAGGUUUCUCAAUUUUCAAAUCUCACUAUCGAAAGCGAACUACGAGUUAUUUCUUUGAUUGCUUCCUCAAAAACCCUGAAAUCUCUGAGUUGAUCUAAGCUUGGAUGUCCACAGAAUGAUUCAUAAUUAGAUGAUGAGCCGUCAGAGAGCAGAGCGAGUGUUUUUUUUAUUUUUAUUCCCCCUCCUUUUUAUAUGCAUCUUUCAUUGUGGACACUCUAUCCUGUCAUCAUUAGCUAAUGACGUCGGUCAGAUGAGGAGACCGUCGAUUGGCUUGCUCCCAGCACAUUAGCUGCAGGUUCUUGAUGACGACUUGACCUGUCUGAGGUUUCUUCGUCGUAGAUCUUUUUUCAACCUCUCUCGCAGUAAAAGACAGUGUGGGACAGCUUUAGGUGUACGUUACUUUACCUUAACCCUUAAAAUACCAGAUAGGGGCAACAGAACACAAACGGUCAAACAUCAGUUUCUGUGCCUGUGCGCUCUCUUGGAGACACAUUCGAUGUGUGCAGGAUAGAGAAAAACAGCCAUACUGAUGAUCCCCCUCCUUAAUAUUCUUUGAUUGUGGUUUGAUGGACAUUUCACCCCCCACCCCCAUCGUCCCUCAUUCCCCAGCCAGCAGCCUUCAAGCAGCCUUUUAGCACCCUUGUCAAUGCAGCCCUCUUAUUCUGCCUUUCUAUUCAUAGGCGUGCGCACAAAUUUUUGUUCCCCCCAUUACAACCCGGAUCCACCAGAUGAGCCCCUCGUUCCCACAAAGAACCCUCUUCUGCCUCUGAUCGUCUGCGCAUCUAGUUUUGAGUUACCUACACGUAAACAAAUGCGUUAUGAGAUAAGAUAUUAAAUGGGCCCAAAGUCCCAUGAUAUCCAUAUUUUCAUGAACAACCAGAGUGAGUUCUUGAUAUAUAUCUACAGACACCCAGUCGUGGAAUCAAAGUCCUUCCAAUCAGAUCCUCAAAACUCCAGGCAAAGUAUGAGAGAAAGUCCAUUACGGAGCACGGUAGAACGACUGAGGAUUAUCUUGAGGUUUUAUUAUAGCCAGAUUAUAUGCAGUUGGUUACAGCCAGGCCAGCCAGCAACUGUCUUUAGUUAGACUCCUUACAGGUAAAUGUAAACACUGUCAAGAGAAAACGCCUUAAACUUGAGAAGCUUCCAGUAUAGGUCACCCUGAUGGUCAGCAAUCAAUAUCCCUUACGCAAUCUUCUAAAAGAUCUCUAAAUACUCGGUUGUCACACAACUCCAAGUUCAGCUGCUGGUCAACUGCAUGUGACCUUUCAUAGUGACUCAGGAUCCGUGCAUACAGAGUUACAGAAUUUGAAAGAGUUAGACUACAUGCUGUCAGUAGACAGUCAAGAAGAGAGCAUGAAGAGAGAGAGGAUAAUGUCAUUAAUACCCUCAAAAGCUUCACAACUCAGUUGAGGUAUUGACCCUUUCAGCUACCUCUGAACUGUUAUGAGAAAUUGUUUGUCUAUGUCUGUUUGCUUGGACUUGGACUCUUCACGUCUUAUAGCAGGGAUGCAAAUGCCUGAUAUUAACACCUGAGCAUACCAAUGGAGAUCCAAUACCCUUAUUUGCUUUUCAGCACUGUUUCAGGGAUACUUUUAGGGCUACUUUUCUUUUGGUUGGUGCCUGAGGUUAAAUAUAGUCAUUUGCGUGACUGCAAAAGUUGUGCCGUGCUAUUAUUAAUGGCAGAGAAGUUUUACGGUUCAAGAAGGCAGCAGAUUGAUUCAGUUACUUUUGUUCCAGUUUAUAAACUUCCUUUUUUUGGUAAUGCUUUAAGUUCAUGUAUCUUGCAUGAGUCCUUUUCCUACUGUUUCUCAAACUUUGAGAAAGUUUAAGUGUCUGAGGAAAAGGUGUUUUAAUGUUAACAUCUCAGCAUGUGCAAAAAGGAUUUUCACAUGCUUUGCUUAGUGCACCUCUCAGAGCUUUUUGUGUCAUGUCAGACUUCUGCUAAAUCACUGAUGUCUCCUCCUCUUCCCUAAACUUUUCUGUCAGCACCUUUGCUGCCAAAUGUUUUCACAUUUCACCCCUGGGUCUUCACUGACAUAAACUCCAUUCACACAUUCUGGGGAAAACAGUAUGGUUCUGCUGCGGGCCUGUUCUGUCACGUCAAUUUGAUUGAAAGCUAGAAUUAAAAUUACAUAUCACUCUUAAAAAAAUACUUCCACCUUGUAGUGUCAUCAAUCCAAGCUCUUCUUUUGACCAACAGAUGUUUAUGAGAACAUGUUAAAUUUCACAAACUUCUAGCUAUCUGAUAACCUUUCCAAUGUUUCUGCUUUAGCUAUAACAUUUUUGCAUAAACCAACCCUCUGCUUUGCUCAAGGUCAUCUCCAAUGUCAAAUGUGUUCAUGGCCACAAGCCCAAAUUCAGAGACUUCAAAGUAGUCUACAUUUCAGCGAGUAAAGGCUGCAUUUUUUUCAAUAAUGUAAAUCCCUUACUCCCCUUAUGAACUUUUUUUUGUAUUUUUUUCCAUUUAAUAUGUUCAAAUCAUGUUUUAGUAGAAGCAGCAUUUAAAAACUCCCAAACAAAGUUUUCAAAGGUUCUAUUCCCACCAAACCACACACACACACACACACACACACACACACUCUGUGGCUCCAUAUCGACACCAACCAACAUCAGAGAGCUUCUAGAGGGAGCAGGUAAAUUGCAAGCAAAUCUUUAAAAGCAAGAUUUUCCAUCUACCUUUUACACCCUUCUGUCCCUCUCUCUCUCUUACACACACACACACACACACUUAUUCACACACUGCUAUCACUCUGUAUGUCUCCUAACACUAUUCUAAUGAGGUGAUGACCAGUCCCUUGUUAUAAUUGCCUCAAACGCCUUUUAAUUUCAUCUGAGCGAAUUAAUCAUACAUUGAGUUAUUUAAAAUUGCAUAAAUUAAUCUUAGAUUAAACAGACCCAUCAAAGGCUUCAAACAAUUAAAGAGUUAGGUAGUAUUUCCCCUGGGUUUAGGCCAUUUCUAUUUGAGAGGAGCGGUUGCAGGUGAUUAUCCCAUUUUGAUGUGGCCAGAAGGUGAUUAAUGUUACUUUUAAAUGAGACCCCCCACCCCCACCCCCUUCACUUCUGUCCACAUAAGGCUUUAGCAGGAGUGUCAAAACCCCGACAAUGACCCAUCCAAAGAGUGGUUAUUCACUCUGUAUUUAUAACUUUGCUUACAGGUUUCAUACUUAAUUUAGGUUUCAACUAAUUGAAUUACUCUGAGUCUGCAUAUGUGCUUAAAUGAAACAGUGGAUGUUCCAAGUAUACCAAAUACCCUUACACUUAUAUAACCUUUAUUAAACUAGGAAUACUCUCGCUGAGAUACAAAAUCUCUUGAACAAGAGACAGCUGGUCAAGACAGGAAGAUUAAAAGUUUUCAAACAAAGAGCAUCAACAAAGAGUAACAAGAAACCCAAACAUUAACUGAAAGAUUAGGUUCAGCAGUAAAGCACGUGCAAACACAUGCUUGUUGAGAGUCCUAACAAGUAUGAAGCCAUUCAGUCCAGCCGAGGGCUCUGCGUAUUGGGCAGUGAGUGUGUUACACUUGGGUUCUCAGCUAAUCUGAUACCUGGAGUGUCCAAAAUGGGCAUUUGUUUUUGUUCGGCCCCUCCUCGUCACUGAGGCUAGAAAAAGCUGCAGAGAUGAUACGUCUGACUCUCUUUUAGAAUUAUUAUAAAUGUGCACUUGGGCAAAAAACUUUGGCAGGGAUUGACUCACAUGGAUCUUCAGCUUUGAUAUAUGUUUGAAAUACUUUUGUGUGGUGCCCUAUAAGCAUACAGUAAUGUUCCUACUGUAUGCGCCCAAACGGUAACCUCAUUAAGGUUCACUUUUUAUUUCUCUACUUGACUUUAUUUCUCUGAAUUUCUUAAAACCUCAUUAACAUGUUGAGAGGAAGUCCAAUUAGGUUUGAAACACAGCUUUACAUUUAUGACAUCAUAGUUUGUGUUGACUUAGGGGGCUUUCACACAUACGUUGUUUGGUCUGGACUUUUGGACUUUUCUGUUUAGUCUAAACCAAAAUGAUAGGUUUGAAACCUCCCCAGGACCUUGGUCCGGACCAAACAGCCGGACCUUGGUCCAACCAUAAGAGGUGGUCUUGGUCCACACCAAACUGAACCACGGUCUGGUUCAUGCCCAGUGUGAAAGCAUUAUUUUGAAAGGUUCAGACCUUCAUACCAAAGACAGGAAAUGACACGAGGAGUACAAGUGUCCGUCAUUAAGUGUAAUGGAGAUUGUCCACAAACUGGAAAUUUUACAAUAUUGUAGAUACCUCACUGUUGACAGCUUAUCUUUUCUGUAGUUCAACAGCACAAACUUUCUCUCCAGAGUCAGUGUUUAAGACGAACUUGGACCAGCCUCAUGUACAGCUCUUCCAAGUUAUCGCUGUUGGUAGUUAAAAAAUCAACAAUAGUAUAAAGGGGGGGUGACGAUUUUAUUCAUGUUUACAAUAUUCAAGACCUCCCUUAUUCAGUGUGUUGAUGUCAGACGCUCGCUGGCCAAAUGACCAAUCGGUGUAAACGACAGAGACACGCAAAGCAGGUAUUUGAUGACGAUAUCACUUAGGCUCGUCAUGUAGAGUCUGUUAGUCCGUUUGCAAUAAUGACAGUGUGAAACCUAAACAGACCGAACCAAAUGUAUAUAAUGUAACAAAAACACAGAUUUGUUCGGACUUUGCUCAGGUGUAAAAACACCCUUAAUUGUGAAGUUCUCACAGUGUGUUGGUGUGUGACUCUGGUGUGACAUGCCACGCACCAUCAUCGGGGUCAAAUUCCAGCAGAUGUCCCUGUCCUGUCAGGGUUAAUUUCUAGAGCAGAGGCUGAAAGCAGGAUUUUAAAAGCAUCACUCAGGGUUUCCUCUUUUAUUUCUGUAUCACUCCCUCUCUGCUGAGGCAAGGAAGAAUGAUUGAUGAGAUGGGUGUGCUGCACAUAGGAGCACCCAGGAGCGUCCACUCCACCCGUCUCAUACUGAUACACACACACACAUACUCACACACUGAUAUGAGAGUAAUUAACCUCAGACUGUGUUAACCCCAGCUGCCCAUUAGAAGGACAACAGGAUUGAUGGGACUCCCCCCAGUCCUUCACAAUCUCUAAAGUUUGUGCAGGAUUAGAGCACGCAGGAAUGUGAUUUCAUUUUUCUUUCAGAUAUAAAACUGCAGCCCCGUGUGGUGACUUACUGUUCACAGUCUAAAGAAUCAGUCCUGAGAAAAGGGAGAAAAAAGAUGAACAGACAUAGAAGAAGCAGAUUUCUCUAGAUUAUACAGAUUAUACAACAAUUAAAUGUAUCUUAGUUUAACUACAAAUAGACGAGAAAGAUCCCAGGAGGAAGAAAGUGGACCAUCACUACCAGUCUGUCCUACUUAGUGUCCUAAUCUUACAUCCUCUGCACUAGUUUGAAUUUUGCUGGGGGGGGGUUAGCGUUCUGCCACCCCAGAACACAAUAGCUUAUGACAAGCCUAAGAAAAAACUUAAAAUAAUAAUAAUGACCUUUUCAUUGUUUUCUCAUGAACUUCUUGUGUUGGUGUCACUGUUCCUAGACUACCUAACGCUUCCUAACGAUAUUUAUAAGUAGCUGUGAAAUGUAGUAGAGUGUUUAAAAGCCGGUCUGCCUGACAUUUUUUCUUAAGCAUUAUGCAUUUGUGGUUAACAGGUCAGUGAUUUGAUGUCUAUAAUAACUUGGAGACCUCUGCUUUUGUAUAUUUUGUUCCUUUUUGUAAGCAUAUGCUGUAAAUAAACAGUUUGUUGUAAAGACUCUUCAGUGAGGCUGAUUUAGUGGUUUGGAUGUUUGACCCUCAAUAGCCAAGAAAACGUCCUGAAGUUUAAUUUCAGUUGUAAACAAGUUCUUCUAUUUCUGCUCCUUUGUAAACUACAUGAUACUUUAUACCCUAUUGUAGAAACAUCUCCCAACCAUUUCUGGUUUUAUAUUUUUGAUCUUUCUUUUCACUUUAUGCACAUAGUUCAACAGAUCACAACCUUUCACAACAAAAAAAAACUCAGUUCAAGUGUUUUGUAUGUGAACACGGUGUAUAAGAUUAAAAAUAUGAUGCACAGUGUCCUCUCAGCUCAGAUAAGAACUGAACUCUUAUGAACAGCCACAGCCUCUUGUUGAGAAGACAGAUAUCAGUGGAAUCAGUGCUGACAAGCUCAUUUAAACUGGCCGAACACAGCGUUGAUUAGCUAAUUGGACAUCGAGACACCACAAAUAAAAGUCCUGGUCAGUCUCGGUUGAGGUGUCUCAUUUACAACCUCCUCCCCUUUAACCUUUGACCCGACUGUGACAUCUGUGACCUCUGUCUCUGGUUUGGAAAGUCCCCGCAGAUGAGGCUGCUGAUUGGGACUGUUGUCAGUAAGAUAUCAAGAGUGACAUCUCUAUUUAGAGGAGCAGAAACAAGUAAACUGUCAGAAUUUAAUAGAUUUGAUGGGCUACCAGUCAACAGAGACUAGUCAGGUGUUUGUUAAUUUCCAGUUGCUGGUUUUACUGGUUCUGCAGAAGACAAACCUGUCAAAAUAAGACUAUUCUUUAUUUGUAAAAGAAAGAAAAACUCAAAAAGGUAACGUUUCAACCAGCAUUUCUUUAGUAAUCCUGAAUGGUUGACAAAUGGUUCUGGUUAGUGCCAAUUUUUAUCACCAGCUGUUUUUACAACCUGUGAUGAUUAACGUCUGCCGUUAACUAUAUUACGUUAAAAUACGGUAAUGAGCCAUUACUUAAAUGUUUCACAGUUAAAGCCAAAUCUGUUGGACGUAAAUAUUCAAGAGAGUUUUAAUGAUGCUCCAUUUUUUGUUAAGUCCUAUUUUAUUGUUAUGUCUUGAUUCGUGAUUAAGAACAAUUAUACCAGUAGAACUGAACUGUCAUUUCACAUAAAACACGUAAUAAUGUUUGUGGCUUCAAUCUGUUCGAUGAUAAAAAAUGAUAUUGCAUAAAAGGUGAAACGUUUACUUAGGAUAUAAUUUUCUCUGUUUUAUGACGUUUAGUGCUCAUGUUUUGACAGCAGCUUCAGACUUAUUUAUUUUUUUAUUGGAGGGGGGGGGGGUUCAUUGAUGAGUAUGGGUGUAUUGUGGUUAGAAUAAUGUAGAAACAGUCAAAAUAGGAUGUGAUUAUGACACUCCUGCUUAACUAAAAGUGGGGCUUGAGUUUUGACCCGUGGAGUAAAAUCAGUGAUUUAAUCUGCAAAAUUGUUAAUCAGAAUUUUAAAAUUGAUCUUGAUCGUUACAGAGAAUAUUUGUUUUUAGGGGGAAAAAAAUCACAGUAUUUCAAUUUAAGAUGAAUUCAAAAACUUUUUAUUAGAAAAAUAAAAAGUUCCUUUUUGCCUUUUAAAUAUUACUGCUGAUGUUGCUCCUUGAUGCAGUUAAAACUUGUGAAGUCAAAGUUUAGGAUUUCUUUUAUUCUCGUUAUUGCUCAUGCCCCAACCGUUGACAGCUUGCAUGAAAAUUGAUAAUAAAUUGGCAUAAUAAAGUAUGUUUACAGCACUUAUCAAAACAGACACAAUAAAGUGCUUUAUAUGGGAUAAAAGCACAACAACAAGUUGCAGAAAUUAUAGUGAUAUAAAGAGAAAAUAAAAUUGAGUUGUGAGUUAUUCAUGCACCUAUUAAUACCUCAUUCGGAUUAACUAUACUGGUCAGCUACGUGAAACUACUAGCACAAGAAUCGUGAUACUGAGCGUAACAUCAAAAUAAGACAAAUGAAGGCAGCUCUAGUUAUUAUUUUUUGUAAUGACCGGAUAUGUUUCACUUUUUCUUCUAUCUUUUAUUUUGUAGGAACAUUCCUUCAUCAUACAGUACAAUGAUGGAAACGCAGAGGUGGUGUCCAUGUGGGUAUGUCGCUGUCUUGAGGAGAGAAGAGCGCAGCAGGCUCAGGGACGGGUCUGAUGAUCUGACGCCGCUCACUUACGAUGGACCUGGGCUUCAAAAUCAAGUGUGUCUACACAGCGAGAGCCCAAAACAAAGGGAGUUAAUGUUUGUGGACAAGAAAAGACUUUUAUGUGAGUAAAGAUCACAUAACAUAUCCAUGUGGCAUCAGGGGGGCUCACAUCUUUUGAACUCUGCGUCCAGAAGGGCAGAGACAUCAGCACUUUCUUCAAAACAUGGUCUCCAUUCAGCAGCUUCAUUCCUCCCUCAGAUUUUGGGGUGUACAGAUAUGAGGCGUAUGAAGGGACGAUAAAAAUCUCAAAGCAUGAGACUACAAUACAUCAGCGGAGAUGUUGUCUGCCUCUCGUGUGGAUCUCUACUAACCAUCUUGUGCUUUACUAUAGACGGCCCUCUACUGAAUGUUAAGGUUUUUGCCUGUGAGUAGCUGCCCAUGUGUGUGCCUGUAUUGCCGUCUGUGUCAUUUAUUACCUCAGCAAACUAAAAUUCUCGCUGUAAAUAUCGCCCAGAAUUUGUACCCAGGUUUGUAUCCAGUCAUUGCCUUUGUUGGUGUUAACUGAAUACAAAUUUCCAGAUGAAGCAGCUUUCAGUGUUUUAGAGUGUGAGCAUCAGCAAGUGUUAUUAUGGUUCUGAAGUUACUGAGCUAAUUAUUUAUUGUCCGCACUCAUCAGGAGGAGCCAGGCUCUUUCUGUUUAAACAGCUUUUAACUUGGUCGCACAUCUUUUAUUUGUACUUGCACACACACGCCCGACUUUUAAUGCUGUUUGAGCAGAAAUAACGCCUCAACAUUCCUCUUCUUGCUUUCAACACAACUUAACCAUCUCACACAAACCCGCUCAUCUUUUUGCAUUAUUUUAUUGCUGCUCUACCAGGAGAUUCAUACUUAAGCCAGAGUUUUAUUUCAGUAAAGAAAUCAGGAACUUAAAAGGGAAGACCCCAAUGCAGUGCACUUGACACCAAAGAUCGCUGAAGACCAGAAUGAGGAACCAUUUAGAUUAAUACUUCUGAGGCAAGUUUAAUGUGAGAAUGAACUGCUCCUAAAGACUCAAUGUGUGCAGUUGUUUAAACGCGAUAGUUAAAUUCCUCAGAGGUGAAGUCAAAGCAGUGACAUGAUGUGUAAAGUGCGAGCACAAGUGUAACGGUGGGACAACAGCACAACAGAAAAGGCAGAAAGCACCUGUCUGUCAAUCAGGUGAUGAGGAGUUUCUUCAGUACGUCUUUAAAUGAGCUUUAGUCCACUGAGCAAUAAGGAGUCAUGUGGGGUAGAUAUUAGUCAGAGACAAUACAGUAAAUUUCAUGUUUUCAUCUUUAUGUUAGAAACUUUUCCAGAUUUUGAUUCUGGAUCUUUUUUUUUCUAUCAGUUCAACUGUAAAGUUUCUUAUUUCCACAUCAGAUUUUUCAUGAAGUUUCUGUGCUGAGAAGAAAAAAACGUACUCCUACAGCAGGAGAUCAAGCUAUGCGUUAUCGAAAAAUUUCAGUAUAAGGUUCAUCAUAAAUCACAAACUCUAUUUCACUUUUCUUCACUAAACAAACUGUAAGAGUUGCAGUUUAAUCAUUGUAACAUUUACACUGAAAAUGGUGUCAGGAAUUAUUUUGGGCAACACUGAACAAAAAUCCCAUAAUGCACUGUUUAGGAUUUUCAAAUACAAAUGGUCUGGAACAAAUUUAAAACGUCUCUGCCUUGUCUUGGCUCUGCUCAGGUCCUUUGACGAGACGGCAGUGCUCCUACAUGUGCAUGUACCGUCUGGUUUAAAAGGAAAUGUUCGCCUGAUCAAACGGCAGAAAUAGUUGUACCAGCUUUGCAAAAUGUCCUGUACUCAGCUGAGCAAACCAACAAAAUACGAAACACAUAUCAACACGAAAAACUAAUAGAGAUUGAGAAAAAGUGCAAUGUAACGAUUAAAAAGUGAAAUACCACAAAGUGUGUCACGGCUUCAUAUCCAACCCUUGUAGCGGUUACCUGCAAACUUCUUGUCUUGCAUUGCUGUGGUUGUUUCCUGUGUGUACAGUUUUUCAGUGAAAGUGCCUGUGUGAUCUGAUGAGACAAGCUUUAUAAAGAAAAACUGUAAGAAAGGACAUGUAAAUUAAGUUUCCUUUUAUUUUCUUUCCCAUAAAAACACACAUCCCAGGUUUGAAUGCAGAAAUAAUAUUAGUGCCAUUCUCUUCUUUAGAGACCUAGAAGCUUCAAACAGUCUUUUACCUUCAUGUUUACAGAAAGACUUUAACUUUUAGAAGAACGUAAAUGCAAAAUGACAAUUAUAUUACCAUGGUAACUGGUCAAAUCAAAAGGCAAAAUUAAAGAUGUUCCAGUGGCUGAUUUACAUAAACAUUGGUUUGUCCGAGAGUUGCACAGUGAAUGAAAAUGUACUUUGCUUUAUGACACAUUUAUUGUUAAAUACAGUCCUCAUGCUUUAAUUUUAGGUGUGGGGCGUUUUCGUGGUUUGUCAGUCCAUCUGUGAGAUUAAAAAGAAAAACUUGACAGUGAGACGGCCUUUAAUGUAAAUACUGUAGAAAAAAGUGUGAUGAGAGUUUGUCACAGCGACCAGCCCCUGAUAAAAUCUCUAUAAACGUUCACGUGUUCGUGUCUUGUAAGUUAUAUGAAACCAAACAAAGAGAAAACAUUUCAUUUUCCUGAAAACAGAUUAACUAAAAAUAUUCAGAAACAUAUUUGACGGUUGGGAGAUGUACUCACUGACUGUGAUUUUUAAAUAUGGAUCCACAGAUCACGUGGGAAUAUUUAUUAUUUUUUACUUUUCACCCCUGUCAGGUGGUCGCACUUGUUUCUUUUUCCUGGUUUAAGUAUGAUUCAUCAUGUCAGUAAUGGGACUCAGCUGUAAUAUCAGUGCUGUAGCAUUACUGACUGAUUUUGGCCUUUUCUGUAAUUUCCUGUGUUGGCACAUAUUCCAGCCAUAACAGAAUAAACUGUAUUUAAACAUAA